AUGGAGAAGUUGCUGGUAUGUAUGAAUAGAUACAAAAGCACAAGUACAGAGUAUUGUGAAGAAGUGGUUGCCAACAGAUACCUUCAAUCCACAUAAAUACAAAGACAUACACACACAACAUAUAGAGGGGACAGUUUUGCCUUAUUGUCAAGGGAAAGCUGUGUGAUCCAUGCGCUUGUGUGCUCCCACUAUCUGGCUGUUCAUGUAAAGACUCCCCCUUGUCUCAGGGAAUCAGAAGUAGGCCGAGUCCGUGGAUGUGCUCUUUUCAUACACCAUCACUGUGGAUCACAGCCAAGGACAUCCUUGCUUCAAAUUGCCAUACUAGGGAAUUUCAGCAAUAAAGAAUUCAUCAGAUUUGUAGCAGAAUAGGAUUAUAAAGAUACAGCCCAGGUCAACAAAGAUGAAAUUUAUGUGGCUAAAAUACUGACCAUCACCAAAGACGUUAUUACACUAGUACUUCAGGGGUUCUUAUCCCAGAUUUGGGCAUAUUAAAACAGCAAUUAAUCAGGAGAAAAUGAGCCUGAAGUGUUUUGUGGUAUUAAUGAAAUAUGAGUAAGCUAUAAUGAAAUAUACAUAAAAAUAGCUUGGCCUAGUUUCAUCUCAUGGUGCUACAGUAAAACAGUGUCUUUGGUCUGUCCUUGCUGUCACUCUCAGAGAAAACCCUUUUCUGUCCCGAGUCAACGCGCAUGAAAUGCUUCAUUUUCCUUUUUUUGGGGAGGUGAGUUUCUAAAAUAAUUUUGGACUAUUCCCAGUGUGGGGCUACAUGCUGCGCUGCCACUAACUUAGUCCAGUUUGUUUCAAGGUACUCUGCUUUUUUGUUGGUAAGGAUGCCUUGAGCUUUUCUUACUAACAAGGUUUUGACUUCGAGAAGAGCUUUUAUGAUACAGAGGAGUCAAAAUUAAAUCAGUGCUGUGUCACUUUUCCAGUCCCUAAUGGUUAGACAAAGUGGCCUUCAGCUGGUGUGACACAUCGCUCACUUCUCAUGAAGUCAUCUUCUUGAUAGUGGCACAAACAGUGCUUCAUACUGGCAAGUGGGUGAGUAAGAAUGGCAUGUAAGCAAGAAACUGCAGAUCAUUGGACUAAUUUGACUCCGAUUUUAGUGGGUUUACAGAUUAUUUAAUCCAUAGGUCGUAAAAAGGUCUGCACUGUGCCACUGUAGUCAACAGAAAUGGUUUCACAAUGUGGAGUCAUGAUCAUUUUCUCUCAGCACCAUAUUGACUACAUUUUAGAUUUACUGAGAUUUCCUGGCUGAGCCCAUAAAACUAAUUCAUGUAAUGAACCGUGAAGACAAAACACGAGACAGCAAAGCCUGGAACACAUCAGGUUACACAGAGAAAAAACACAAGGAGCUGAAAUCCUCCAUCCUAUCUAUUGUUGAAUCUUAUCUGAGCUGAAAGUGGUGUAUUUAAGGUCUCUUGCCCUUUGACUAAAAACUUGGUAGCUUGCUCCUUGUUCUCAUCUGUCAUUUUGGAUUUAUGAACCCCACAAACCCAGUACAUUUUAGUGGAAUAGACCAUCAAGUCCACAGAAGUGAUUUAUGGCAUAUCUGCAGCAUUUAUUACAUUCCAACUGUUGAUUUAAGCCAGUAAAGCAUUUUUCUUCUCAAAAUGUGGCAAAACAGCACAGUUAGCUGAUUAAACCAAGACAGAUGUAAUAUUCACCCAAAAUGUUUAUUUUCCUUCUUUUUCUGAGAGGAAAUUAUGAAGUAGGGGACAAUAUAACGUGAAUGGGUGAUAACACCAAAUGGUGAAACAUUACCCUGAUGCUAAGGAGAAGUCUUGUCUCACCUUGUUUAGAUUCUAUCAUGUGCUCGCUUUACAUUAAAUCUUACUUAUCUGGAAAUUUGCAAAAGAUUCUCAUCAUUAUGAGAUCUGUUGUAUAUCUGCUAUUUAACAAAAUAAAUCACCUAAUGGUUGUAAUUACACCUCUGCUCAAUAGGACUCAUCAAAACAAUGAUACACAUAUGCAGAGCAGGAUGUUAUGUCCAUAACUUGGGCUUAAACCAUAGACUGUAUAUAGAAUGGACGCUGUCUGCCUCCUUGCUGGGUGAAGCCACUCCAAGAACAGCAGCUUCUGGUGACAGGUUGCAGUAUAGGUCAUAAAUCCCGCCUCCACCAGCAAAGCUUACGGGGCUGUAGACAAACUUUAGAAAUUUAUUAUACAGAACAUAAAUUUUUCUCCCCCCCGCUUACGAUGUUCACAUGUAGUUACAGUAAGACUGGUUUGACUCUUUUUUCUGUACAGCUCUGUUUUUAAAAGUUAUUAGGGGGUUCAUGUUUUCUAUGAUUGACACCUGAUACAGCCUAUGGGCCUACAAGGAUUACGUUGCUUACCCAGGGGGCAAUAUUUUUUAUGUAGGAUGGUAGGGGAAGGUCCCGCGUCCUUUGCCUCUGAUUGGCUAGAAGUGCUGGGCUCCGAUUGGUUAUUCCUCAUGGCUGUGAAAUGUCAUCAUCUGUCGGGUUAGGGUUAUGCUGCGUUCGAGUUACCUUGGAAGUCAGAAGUCCGAGCUGAAAAUGACGUCACACUUGAGUUCCCAGCGUUUCACUUGCCAAGUCAGAAAAAAGCUAAAUCAGAGGCAGAAACAAGAUGGCUACACCUACAAAAGUUAUUUUUGUGCCUGCCUUAUAUUUGGACAUGGCUACACCUACGAAAAUUAUUUUAGUGUUUGCCUUGUCCGAAUACAAGGCAAGCGCUUAGAUAACUGUCAUAGAUGUAGCCAUCUUGUUUCAGGCCUCUGACUUUGAUUUUUCCAACUUGGUAACUGAAAUGCUGGGAACUCGAGCAUGGCGUAAUUUUCAGCUCGGACUUCCGAGCUAACUCAAACGCAGCAUUAGGGUUAGAGUUAGGAGAUUCAGAAUACUGAUAAUGUUCUGUUUGAUGUACAGAGCCGACAGCCCGCACUAGGCUUUAGUGUGUGAUGACGUUUCCAGCUUUUCUGGCCAUUCAGAAGCGAAGGAGGGCGGGAGCUUCCCCUACCCUUCCUACGAAAAAAAAUAUAUCGCACCCUGGGGAUAUGCUGUUUGAGCCGGGCAUCAUCACAGCAACUCUGGGCGUACAACACUACUGCGCAAUGUUGGUUUCAGGAAAUGGAGGGAAAACGCGGAAUUACCGAGAGCUUUUUGGCUUCAAAUCUGUAUACUGGCGGAAAACGGAACCAAGUUGUCCAUAGUAUAUACAGUCUAUGGCUUAAACCUUCACACUUCUGAGGCACCCUUCGUUUAAAGACAGUUUUACAGUUGAGAGUUUUUCCCAUUAUCAGCUUUGACUUUUAAUCAUGAGAUACACUCACCGGCCACUUUAUUAGGUACACCUGUCCAACUGCUCGUUAACACUUAAUUUCUAAUCAGCCAAUCACAUGGCGGCAACUUAGUGCAUUUAGGCAUGUAGACAUGGUCAAGACAAUCUCCUGCAGUUCAAACCGAGCAUCAGUAUGGGGAAGAAAGGUGAUUUGAGUGACUUUGAACGUGGCAUGGUUGUUGGUGCCAGAAGGGCUGGUCUGAGUAUUUCAGAAACUGCUGAUCUACUGGGAUUUUCACGUACAACCAUCUCUAGGGUUUACAGAGAAUGGUCCGAAAAAGAAAAAAUAUCCAGUGAGCGGCAGUUCUGUGGGUGGAAAUGCCUUGUUGAUGCCAGAGGUCAGAGGAGAAUGGCCAGACUGGUUCGAGCUGAUAGAAAGGCAACAGUGACUCAAAUAACCACCCGUUACAACCAAGGUAGGCAGAAGAGCAUCUCUGAAUGCACAGUACGUCGAACUUUGAGGCAGAUGGGCUACAGCAGCAGAAGACCACGCCGGGUGCCACUCCUUUCAGCUAAGAACAGGAAACUGAGGCUACAAUUUGCACAAGCUCAUCGAAAUUGGACAAUAGAAGAUUGGAAAAACGUUGCCUGGUCUGAUGAGUCUCGAUUUCUGCUGCGACAUUCGGAUGGUAGGGUCAGAAUUUGGCGUCAACAACAUGAAAGCAUGGAUCCAUCCUGCCUUGUAUCAACGGUUCAGGCUGGUGGUGGUGGUGUCAUGGUGUGGGGAAUAUUUUCUUGGCACUCUUUGGGCCCCUUGGUACCAAUUGAGCAUCGUUGCAACGCCACAGCCUACCUGAGUAUUGUUGCUGACCAUCCCUUUAUGACCACAAUGUACCCAACUUCUGAUGGCUACUUUCAGCAGGAUAAUGCGCCAUGUCAUAAAGCUGGAAUCAUCUCAGACUGGUUUCUUGAACAUGACAAUGAGUUCACUGUACUCAAAUGGCCUCCACAGUCACCAGAUCUCAAUCCAAUAGAGCAUCUUUGGGAUGUGGUGGAACGGGAGAUUCGCAUCAUGGAUGUGCAGCCGACAAAUCUGCGGCAACUGUGUGAUGCCAUCAUGUCAAUAUGGACCAAGCUCUCUGAGGAAUGCUUCCAGCACCUUGUUGAAUCUAUGCCACGAAGAAUUGAGGCAGUUCUGAAGGCAAAAGGGGGUCCAACCCGUUACUAGCAUGGUGUACCUAAUAAAGUGGCCAGUGAGUGUAUAUUAUAGUAAGUCCAGUACAAGCAUUACCUUUUUGAAAGUCAUUUCUGAUCAGGCGGCAGAGCCCAGCACCUAAAUUGGAAAACAAUAAAGUGAGACAUGUUAUUUCCUGUAUUUUUUUUUAUAUUAUCAAAGUAUAUGUUCAUCUUUAUCGUUAGUAUAAAUGUAAGCCGAUUAACUAAACUAGAUAAAUGCCCGGGAAAAGACAGUGAAAUCCACCCAACUUGUUUUAGGCUAGGCACCACAUGAAAACGUAUACAGGGCUCUCAAGUCUCACGCAAUCGGCGUGAGACACACGCAUUCCCACCCGUUCACACGCUCACACGCCACACAUUGUAUUUCUCACGCAUUUAAUGAACAUGGUGAUGUCCACCAAGUUGCACCUCUUUAACUAUGGAACAGGUAGGAAUCAACUCAGUUUCUCCGAGAGUUCAGAAGCUGCGUGCCACGCGCAAGCCAAUCAAAUAAAGUAUAUCUACUGAACAGCCAAUCAAAAAGCAGCAUUGCUGUAUCCGGGUAGAUUUUGAUAUCUUGCGGUUUGACUACAGAAGAAGACAGACACUCGCCGUAAUAGAGCAGGUUUUUAUAAGGACGAGAUAGAUCCGAUGAUUACAGUAAGUCAGUAACCUACACAUGCAGCGAUCUCAACACCUCAUGGCAGAUAAACUCAAAUGAUAAACUAAAGCCCUAUGCUAUUGCUAUUAACAGCUGUAUUGACGGAUUUAGUCUCUGUACAGCCAUUUCCAGCCAUUUCCUCCUCCGCAAAAGCAGCAUUUCUCAUAUAUCUCAAAUAUAAGUUCUGAUACUCAUGACAGUGUAAUGCUCAUGUACCAAAGGAUUAAGUAUCUCCAUAUUUGUGACACCUAUACUAAAGCACAAUUCAUCUUAAUGUUCCACAGUGCUGAUUUUAACAACUUUAUUCUUUGAGAUUAAAAAGCGCAUUUUUUCUAAUUGUGCCCCUUAUACUCCGUUGUAUUUAAGAGAUAAUUAUACUUAUAAUUACCCCCCCCCAAGGAAAUCUCACUCUAAGCUUAGUUCAAAACUUGAGAGCCCUGCGUAUAGCUGUGAGCUAACCUCAAGCUUUUUCUCUUUCAUUACCGCCUUCCUUCAAAAGACGACAUGUCAUCUUGGUCAUUAAAUGAGAACAGAAAGCAUAUGAACCUGUUUAAAGCGGUGUCUGUUGGGGUGUGCAGUCAUUCAGAGCGACAUCAACAGGAAACAUGAGGCUGCUGCUGCUGCUGCUGUGUGGAGGGCUGGCCUCACCGUAAUGACUGGAGUCAGGUAACCAUCGGACAACCACCGACUCUUUCCCUUCACACGGACGGGCUCAGACACGGAGGGAGGCGGUGAAGGUGGCUCCCAUCGACGGUUUUACAUCUUAACGUCUGGAAAAAAGGGAUUUUGACUCGUUCAACAAACUUAACGGGGCUGUAAAAGUUUGUUGGAGUUGGCAACGUGUCGUUAAUGAGAGGUACGGUGCGUUCAAGAGCCAGGGCGAGGAGGCUUCUCAGGUGUUCAUCUCCGCCAGGAACUUUUAGUCACAGUUUGCUCUUUUUGCGACAUUAUUCACUGAGCUGAGAGGAGGAUUGCUCAUUUUCUGUCGUGGCUCCAGUUUUUACACAUUCCACUUGGGUUUCGUUUCCCGUUUUUCCGCCCAUUGGGCUCAGAAACUUCGAGCGGGCAAGUUUUAACAGGUAAGUGUGUUUUUUGGCAUUUUCGACUCUUUCCACCUGAAACUCAGACAAAGUAAGGUUUUAUUUCUGGUUGUCAACUUUUGGAGACGGGCCGAGCAUUCGAAGUGAGGCCAGUCAGAGCUGGACAGCCUGAGCAGCUGUUGACUUGUCUGACCUCUAUUAACCAUUAGCCUACUAACCAAGGAGUCAAACAAUGACUAAAAAGCCUUUGAAAUGUAACCUGACUGUCCAAACUUCAACUUAAAGCCAAACUGCACCCUAACACACUCUAAACUCACACAAACCCAAAACACACAGACCUGUUUUGCACUUGAAUAGCCUACCUAAAGUCUCCCUUUUUCCAAAUGUAUUUAUACGAGUUACUGUAAAUGGACUAUCAUAUCAUAAGUAAUGCAGUUGUGAUCUUCAGUAGUGUUUUUACAGCUGCUUUUGUAUAUAUUUCUCUCAACAUAAGGACAAGCUGUAGCUCCUUUAUUGCAUGUAUUUGUUCUCAGCACAGAGCUUUAUGGGCAAUUAAGUCCAAAAGCUUCAAGCCUGCAGGGCAUUUAAAACUGUUUAUGGUGCAGUGGUUAAGAUAGCAUUGCAAUAUUUUGACACUUUCCCUGCUGCUGCUGUUGCAGCUGCAUCUUUAUACCAUAAUGUGCAUCAACACACUCUCACAUUUACCACAACACACAUACAGGCUAGAUCACAAGUAUGGUGCAUUGCAUUUGACCACACAUUUCCUUGUCUUACUCUCUUAUGUUUGACUCUGCUUUCUCAUCACUUUUAAGAAUACCCCUGCUAGAUCUGUUCUUAGGAUGAAUUAAAACAAGAAAAUUACUGCCCUGAAACCCACCAAACAAACGGUACUUAGCAUGCAGCUAAGCAUACAGAUUUACAAGCAGAAACCCCUGCAGGAGUUCCUGACGUUGCUCUUCUUCUAUCAGGUUAAAGAAGUAAUGGCCUUGAGGCCAUAUCCGGGGUAGUUAACCCCCUCUGUCUUAAUUCGACUCUCAGGAAGGAUUUACUUUCUUGGUUUGUUAACAAGCUUGCUUAUGUUAAAGUUUCAAAGAGAACCUGCAUAUAAAAGAUCAGUGCGCAGGAUGUAUGGAUGUGCAAAAGGUGAUUUCUAGUCAUUACCGCUGUUUUAUGAUGCCAUAAGUAUGACAGUUUCUGUCCUUGAAAAAACAUGAAAUACACCGUAGUUCAUGUGUCCAUGAACAAGCCUUCCUAAUGAAAAGAUGGUAAAACUCACAAAAAGGCCGGACUCCAGGUUCUGUAAUAAUGUUGAUUUUGUGUUCAAAUCAGCCAUUGAAGCUUCUGAACACAUGGCUAUGAUCAAUCACUCUAAUGAAUGAGGGGUCACUCUGUCAGUCACUUUCAUAGCUGUUUAGUGAGGAUCUUGCUUAUCUUGUGUUCUAGGGCACCUUUGGUUACAAUAACUCAAAGCUUAGUGCUGUCUACCUUGAUCAAUCAGAGCGCGGAUAUGUCAACUUAUCCACUUCCCUCAUUUAUCUUUAAACUACGAAAUCUAUGAAACAUAUCUUUUUAUUUUUUGAUUCUGUCUCAGGAAGAGACACAAAUGUUUUGUACUUGUUUCAUUUUUGAUCAUUUUUCCCUUAAAGCCCCAUGACUGGUACUCCAAGUCCGUCUUUGGAGGCCUAAUUUUAAGGUGAUAUUGAAGCUGCAUAACUUUAACCUAACUUUCACCCCUUAGUUAAGCCGCUUGUUUGUCGUACAGGACAUGGGUAUUUAUAUGCUGUUAUUGGUUUACAAAUACAACAAGAUUAGAUACAGAUCAAAGUUUGUGGAGGGAGCUUAAAUAAAGCUUUUUUAGGACUCAUUCUUAAGAUUUUUCACAUAUGACUUUCACUACUGUUACGUUUCUAAUAGAGAGAUUCAGUUAUUCCUCCCUCUGAUCUGAUUGCAUUUUAGCGAAGUAGACAAACAAAAUGGUGAAGUGCCUGCGUGAUGAUGUGUUUAUCACUUUCACACCAGUUUGGUUUAGGUAUGAAUCUGCUCAAUCUAAUCACAUGCAUGAAAAGGAGAGACUGACGGGAAGAGAGUGGGCUAGACUCUGAAGUCAGAUAAAAGUGAAACUGUGUGAUCGUCACCAUCACCAAUCAGGAGGAGUCUUAUCUUUUCGAAUUGUGUUGCAGGAGUCAGACUCUAAACAACAAAGCAGAAGGAGAUAUAAAACUGAAAGUAAAGAAGGAGAGACGAAGAGCGGCUUGGAUUGAUGAUAUCCGCUGCCUAUUUGAUUGUAAACUGGAUGAUGGAUGAGUUUUCAGCAGGAGGGAAAUUCCUCACUGCCAUUGUGCCCCCAAGCAAAAACUGAUGGUCUGUUUCUGUCCAUCCUUGGUUUAAGUGAUACCAGAUUUUCACCGCUAUCUACCCCUUACACAAAAUAGCUUUAUUGUCUGAAACAGUGUUCACAGUGACUAUUUGUUUCUUUCUAUAUUUCGACUAAGCUACUCAGCGUGGAUAAUAAUACCCUAUGUGUCAUAUUGCCACUGCUCUGACUGUGUGUUCAGAUUGCACAAACAGGCUUCAGGCUGUUAUUAUUAUGGCUGUGGAGGGGAUUAGCUUCAGACGUCACCAGGUGAAUAUAGAUGGUUUGUCUGGAAACAACAGAUCAGUGCAGCACCGGCCACACAGGAAGCUAUUUUUCUUACAGUAAUGUUGAUAUCAUUAUUCAAGCAGCUUACAAUAAGAAAUGAAAAUCUUCUUUUGUCUCUAAUUGAAAACCAUUUGUUUCAAACUCUAUUUAGCCUUUUUAGUAAUUCUAGUUAAUUAAAAAGUAUUCUUUUGUGCGUAUUUGUUCUUUGGUUUUACUUUAAAUCGGCAUUUUUCGUGUGUCGUGUUUCAAACUACAGUUCUCUGCAGUCAAUAAUAUGAGUCGCUCAUAUGAGUCUGUCACAGUGUAAACAAACAUCAUUUAAAAGUCAUCACCCCACUUCCUUCUUGUUUUUUUUUAUUAUUUAACUUUAAAUUUGGUAUCAAAGUCUUAUUACCUAAACAAAAUUUCCACAGUGACUCAGUCAAACACACUGAGAGAUGAUUUCUUGGACCCAGAAAAGAGCCUCAUGAUCGUCAUAGUAAAUGGGUGGAACGCCCCAUUUAAGCAGACUAACCUCAAGGGAUUGCAGUUUUUGUUUGUGUCAUUCAUAGUUGCCUCCUUUUCAAUUACACUGACACUAAAUUGCUCCUCAGUGACCACAUAACCUGCGGCAGUUUUCUGUGUUACGUCAGCAUGUCAGUCCUGACAUACCUGAGAUACCAGCCACGCCCCAAAGUCAUGUCAGAACUGUGAAUUUCAAUGACUUCAGCUUUCGUCUGUCCUCCUGUCUUCGUGUUUUUGCAACAAAAGGUGUUUUUCAAAUGGCACUCUUAAUCAUUCUGUUUGCAUCCGUGCGUGGUAUCCCUUUUAUCUGUUGGUUGAAAGAUUUAGAAGUGCAUGUAAACAAAAGGUUAGAGAGAGAAGAAGGGUUGAAAGCAUUUACCAUCUUCAGUUUACUUAAUGUCUAUUGUGCACUGUACACAUGCCCUUCUCUUGACACAGACAACAAAGUGUUAGUCAAACAGACAGGGAUUAGACAGAUAAGUGAUGCGUUGUGGUUGUAAAGGUACCGGACUGAGAGUUUAACUUCAAAACAAAAUCAUGAGCCUUGUUUGACAGGAUAAUGUCUUUAAUGUCCCAGCAUUUAACAGCUUUGUCAUAUUUUUGACAGUCAAAGUGAAGCAGUGUUGCCUGCACAUGUUAAUACUUAUGCUGCGUUUCAAUUACUUCGGAAGUCGAUGUCAGAGCUGGGAAUGAUGUUGAUGGUGUUCCAGUAAACAAGUCGGCAAACCAAGAUGGACGCCUACUGUUAGCCGUCGUUAGCUGUUGUUAAAAUUGUCAGCUGUUGUUAGUUGUUGUUAGCCAUUGUCAAAUGUUGUUAGCUGUUGUUAGUUGUUGUUAGCGGUUGUCAGUUGUCGUUAGCCAUUGUCAAAUGUUGUUAGCCGUUGUCAGCUGUUGUUAGUUGUUGUUAGCUUUACCAGUUGUAAACAACGCAUAACUACUUAUUUAAUUUCACAAAAACUCUUUACUGUUAAUGCUCUGGGCUGUCAUCUUGGAUUUUAACAUUGCCAUCAAGCCGGGGUUGGUGAGGAUCGUCCGACUUUCUGAGUCAGAAAUCCAGCUUCAGGGUGGCGUUCCAGAUUAAUCUCCGACUCGGAGCUCAGAAAUCCCGACUUCUGAGUACAACUGGAACGUACCAUAAAUACACUCUCUCUGUAGCCAGUUUAUUCAGUAUGCUUAAUUGAAUCAAACACAGCCGAUUGAAAAUAGCCACUCUCAAAAUCUUACUACCAUGGUGGUUAUUGUAAAGCACAGGUGAGGGUUUUCAGCUAAUAAUAAUGCAGACUGAAAUUUAUAUCAAUUACUUUUUAUGAUCCACAAAAAUAAGUCAAGAAAAGAUUAAGUGUUUCUUUGGUCACUUUUGUAUUUGCAAAAUUGUUGCUAUGGAGUUGCGGUCAGGGGAAGUAAUAAACUGUGUACUGCCAAAACAGCUUUUUUCUCAUUUAAGAUAAAAAUUUAGAAAAUGGAUGAUACAUAUGACGGUUAAAAAGGAGAAAGUUGGGUUUUUUUUAAUUCAAAAAGGCACUACUCGAUUGUAAAAGUACCUUUGUGUCCACAGAAGACACCAAAAUAGACACAAAAUUGUAGAAUUUAUUCUUUUUCUUGUAAAUGAAGAAUCAGCAUUUGACGGCACGUUCACCAACCCACUACUGUCAUUUAUAAUCCCUGUUAGUGUCCGCAGGAAAUUGCUGUCAAUGAGCACAACAAGUCAUCAAUUAAAAGCAGAAGUAGAGCCACAGAUUUCCACGUGUGUGUAUGUGUGAGAGAGUGUGUGUGUGUAUAUAUAUAUAUAACUCUGGUGGUGGAGAGGAAGAGAUGGAGGUGUUCUCACAAUUAAGCAAUGCCAACAAGCUGUCUAAUGUUACACGUCCGUCCAAAGCUGCAGCUAAUGUGUGAUUUUGUUCCCUAGUCUAUUAAAUGGUGAGAAAGAUGUCUCUUCCCUGCCAGUUUGAAAGAAAAUCACCUGUUGCUGUAUUUCUUAAAAUGUCAACAGCAUGGAUCUACAUCCCACACUGCGUAGAAGUGAUUUACCGAGGCUGUUUUUGUUUGUGUGGUUUUUGUUCUGAAUCUUGGCAGAAAUUCAUAAGCAGAAUAAACAUCCUUUUCAUCAUCAGAGAGGGCUGAGGAUGUCUUCACAGUUCCUUUUGCUGCUUAUAGGCAUGCCUUUUUUUUCUUUUUCUGGUGCUCAGUUAAAUGAAAUAUUCUGACUCUUGUUGCUCUGCUUAUACCACGGACGCUUCAUCGACACAAGUUGUUUUUCUUUUAAGUCUGACUACCUAAUUAAUGAAUUUGUCAAUCACACUUUGAGGCAAUAUCCUGGGGAGGAGCGGCAGUGCAGAUUUGGGAGCCUUGGCGCAGUUAAAAGGAGGCCUUGUCAGACCAUUUAGGAUCAGACUUUUGCAGUAAAAGAAGCGGCAUUAACACACUUACAUCCAGUGCCAGGGUGCAUCAUCGGACAGCACAGUUGACAGGCACAGCCUUUAAAUGCACAUAUAUUAACCAGCAGAGGAGUCUUUCCUUUUGGUACAGCAUAGCCUCACAGUUAUCUUUUUGCUAUAUCUAUAACUACCUUUAUACUACAGUCUGUUUGUUUCUAUUGCAGCACCAUCUGAGUGGCACAAUGAUCAAUGAUAAACAUAUUGGAUUUUUUCAGAUUUUCUUCAUCUUUUAAAGAUGGUAUGUCUGUAAAUCUCUGCAGUUCUUAUGUGUGUAAUUCUUUGCCAUUUUAUGAUGAGGAACAGUUUGAAAUUGUUGCGCUGUUUGGUCGUAGAGUCUCUGACAGCGUAGUGAAUCUUCUUUCAUCUUCACUUCUGAGGGACUGGUCCUCUCGAGUGCGUCCUACCAAGUCAUGUUAUCUACCUGUUGCAAUAGCACCUAAUUAGCAGGGAGAUGUUCCUUUUUUAAACGCUGUGUUGGUCUCAAAUGUAAAAAUGCAAGUGUAUCUUCUACUUCAAUAUUUUGCAUGUUGACUUUGCACCAAUUUUGAUUAAAAUAUCUGGUUUAAAUGAUUUGUAAACUGCCAAAAUCUGCUCUUAUGAACAAUUUAUGCCGCCUCUUUGGAGCUUUGGUAAACAGAACUUUUCUUUUGUACCGUUCCCCCUGCUUGUGGUGAAUUACUCAGUAUUUGUCUAACCGGGUCAAGCAAGUGUUUCUACAGUUUCCCCCAAUGUGUUUAUGACCUUGGUGUUGACUAAAACCUCAAUAAAACAAAUGAUGUUGCCAUAGUGAGCAGGAGCAUCCCCUUGUAGUGGCCUUUUUGACCUCAGCCCAGACUCGGCGGUUUGUUUGUUGACUUAAUUGUUGUUUUCAUGGGUUCUGGUAAAAUAUCUGAGAUUUACUGCCCUGGGAAAAAUUACUUUCGAGCGAGAAACUAGAGUGAAAGUGCCAAGUGAUUUCAGAUCCUUGAAACGGCUCAUUUUAAUAACCCAGAGCUUUUACGCCAAAAAAGAAAAGAUAUCAGUAACUUUAUUGUUUGUUUUUUUCUGCUCUGAAAGAAUUAUGCCAAGGCACGAAGUUUGACAAAACUCACCGUGAUCCAAGUUCUGUUUGUUUGAAUGCUCCAUCAGCUUUCACACAUUAAUCGAGCUGUAACACAUUCCCCCUGUGUACUUUGUACAUAGUUUGAGAAAAGCUUGCAUUUUGAAACACCUAGUCAAACAUUAAUUUUCCAAAUUUUUUAAGAAACUUCCUUAACAUGUAACCAGUGCUAUUGGUUAAUGUGUGUUUGAAGAACUGUCUGUACGGCUCACAACACAAGAGCAUUCAGCCACUAAAAAGACUGUAAAAUGAUUUUAUUUUGAGACGAAUAGGCUACAUUGUUCCAUUAAGAUUUAAAUAAAGGAAAAUCUGAAAGGUAAAGUGAUUAACAAAUGAAAAAUUUUUAAAAGGGACAAAAUCUCAGUGUGAAAGAAAAGCAGCCAAAAGCAAGAGGAGAGGAAAAACCUGAUAACUGCAAUAUGAUUAAAAAAGAAAAAAAAAAAAGAAAAUUCAACGUUUCAGGUUGACUGGAUACUCUUGACACUGGCAAAAGUGUACACAAAAGUCCAUGACUCAGCAUUGUUAGAUGUUAUCAGGCGGUUGUGAGUGUGUUUUCAUAUUUCAAAGUUUAUUCAAAGUCAAAGUCUAGAUGAGAAUUGUUAAAAAGAGAAGUUCUAUGUUGGAAUGAGUUGGUUUGAUACGUUCGAACUCUAAUUUAGGCUGCGUUUAUGUCUUAUAAGCUUGUGUGUGUGUGUUUGUGUUUGUAUGAGGUAAUGUGUGUAAUUGUUACAGAGCUAUGAGGCCCUGCAGCACACGGACCUGCAGGCUUUUGAGUCCAUGACAAUAGCCAAAAUGAAGCGAGACCGGAUUACACCAGUCCUGCAUUCCUCUCCAAACCUGUUUGUGACACACAUACACUCUCUUUCACACACACACAGACAGACACACAGCUCAGGCCUGUGCAUGUCAUACAAAUGCCUGCUCACAGUACAAAGAGGAUGUUUCCAUCAAGAAUGGUCAGAGCAGAUGCAAACAUUAGCGGUGUUACCAAAAAGAACACAAAAUUAAAAACUAUCACAAGGAGUCACUCUGUAAAGACAGGCAGUUUAUGAUUCAUUCAUCUCCAGUGAAGGUCAAAACCUUUAUUUUGUUGCAUUAACACAGUUUAACCUCUGCAUACUGCCAAGGUGGUAAGCUGUUGGACCACAGAACAGCAAAAACCAACAACCCAGCAGCUCGACCAAAGACCUGCAUUGACAGUAGGGCUUGGCGAUAAACCGAAAAUUUACCAAUACCAAAAUGUACGCCAAUAAUCAACGUCAUUUUGCCCAUAUCGGUAUAUUCGCUGUCAAAAAGAUAGAUAAAUAAAAGUUGAUUUUGGAUGUGUUCAGGUAGGCUAUAGUCUCAUGUCCCUUUAAGACGCUGUCCUAUGCCAGGAACGUGACUCCGCCCCAUCCAGUCCAUAACAAAGAGGGAAAGACAGGUGAGGAGAUGGAGGACGGUUCAAAAGUUGCAGCGGCUGAAGUAGACAAAGUUAAUAUGGGAGGGGUUGAGCAGCUUGUGGAUUUGUUAUCGUCUAUUUAUCGUUAUCGAGGUGAACUGCUCAAUAUAUUGUGAUAUUGAUUUGAGGCCAUAUCACCCAGCCUUAACUGACAGGAUGCAUCAUUAGCCACUUCUGUUCAUAAAUCCAGGUUCACAAAAACCCCUUAAAACAGCAAAAACAAGUGGUUAUGAUGGUUAUAAUGUACAUGAUUGAGCGUUCGCAUAAUUCUUCUUUCCAUGAGCAGAUAACUGAUUUAAACCGACACAGCUGUGAAAAACUUUUUUUCGUGAACGGUGGCACUGCCGAGCUCGUAACUUAAGGUGCACCACUGUGAUUUAAGGAACUGUUACACCGCUAGCCUUGUGGAACAGCUGUGCUGUGUCUGAAUGUGAGAAACUGACAGUCACAUGUUGUGAAGUGUCCCGGUUCGAACACGAUGUGUGACUUUGAGCUGUUUUUUUCCUCUGAAGAUGCAGGCAGGAUGUGUAUGUUGUGACACAGCCCUGUGUGUUUUGUCAGUGCAUGUCAGAACAGGUGUCUCAAACUCUGAUCCCACUCUUCACAUAACCCACUCGAGUUCCUGUUCUCUUUCUCGCUUUGACCCGUGCUCCCCUGCAGGAUUCCCCUUUUUUUAUGAUGUCUGUGUCUUUUCAUUUCUGUCAUUCUUGCCUCCCCCUCCUUCCCAUCUCUGAAGACUUCUCUCUCUCUGCUCUUCAUGACUCAUCAGCUGUAAGGCAGGCGAGGUCACAGGGAUGUGGGUUUCGUUUGUACAGAGACUCAAUGAAAAAGUCCACCCUGUUGACCUUUUUCUUUCCCUUUCUAUUUAUCUUUUUCUUUUCCUUUCCAAUUAUAUUGGCCCCCAGCAUACAGAGACCAGACUUUUUAUGCUCUGAAAUUUCCUAUAAUUGCAAGUACAUCAUAUUUCUCGAGAUGUUGUGUAUACAGUAUAUGUCGGGCAUGACACCAGCUCUGUUUACCAAACUGAAAAUAUUAGGUUAAAGGGUUGUAAUGACAUCCAGCUAGUGGCAGUCUCAGAGUCUGUGUUUCCCAUGAAACCAGCUAGCCUGUAAUCUUCACUCCCCUUCAAAGCCUUACGCACAUACACACUGUAUUUCACCUCAGGGUUAAAAACCGGUGUUUCCCUUCUUAUCAUGAAUGCUAAUACGUGUCUCAACUGUCUGUGCACAAUGUUUGAGGAGAUAAAGCCGUAGAUAGAAGAGUUCAUGACUGCCAAAACUCUGAGACCACAGUGAUUAAGUCAGUCAGAGCUGAUAACACAUUGUCUCCAGCUCUGAAGUCCCACAAGGUCAAGACUGAGUGAACCUACAAUUUAACAUUACGGUCAUGCAGAUAUAUUCAGAAAAAAUAGUCAGUCACAGUUGUAGCUGUGUUCAUUUACCAAAUACAAAGGCAGCUAAAAACUGAGGGAAGGUUUUAUGUUUGAAGGACAACAAUAGCUGUUUGUGAUUGCCACUUCACUGAUUUUAACUCCUUUGAAAACAAGGGUCAGAAUGAACUGGAUUUGCAUUUCUACUGUUAUCGAGACCAAGGUCUGUUUUAUCCUUAAAGACCUUCCUUGAGGGCUCAGAACCACACGCUGUGAGUAACUUAAUGACAGCAGCUCAUUUGACUAAAAGUAGUAUUUUAAGGAGCUGAGUGGGUGCAAGACUUCCUCUGUUUUAACUUUUAUGAUGACAAAGCUGUGUGAAAAGUAACACUCUCAGAUGGUGUGUAGCUUUAUAUCAGGCAGUAGCCGCAAAUCUAAGGUAUAUAAGAAGUUUUUGGAUCUGAAAAUCCACUCUUUAAGUUUGCUGGACUGACAAGUGAAAGGUGAAAAUAGGUGUCCUAAAAAUGUUGAACAUUGUGUUUGUCUUAAACGUCUUUACAUUUGAAGUAUCUGAAUCUCUGUUCUCCAUGAGAGCCUCAUUUUGAAAAAUAUGUACAAAUUUUAUGCCAGUUUAUUGUGCUUGUAGCAGAAACCUUAACCCUGCAAAAAAGGACAAAAAACUAUCUAGUUUGUUCAGUUCAAUGAAAAAACUCCAUGGUAAAUUUGGGCUAUUUUUUUUUCUACUGUAUAAUUAACCGCAUUGAUUUUGAUAUUGACAUUUUUUUCCAUUCAAAGGAAUAUUCCGGCGUAAAUUUAAGUUAGGGUCAAACACACCAUAACACUGAGUUAGACACACCCCCUCGUGGGAUGACUGCUUGCUUCUCUAGUUAUACCAACUUUAGUAACGACCGCACAAUAGCAAUACACAGAGGACUACGAGUCACUAAGGUAGAAGAACUACUGCGUCUGCAGUGUAAAAUGAUUAUUAUGAUGAUUAUUACUUCAUGGAAAUGAUCAGCUGCACUAUCCCUUUAACAGUAAGAUUGUAAAUUUCUGCACGGAUUUAAAGUUGAAUAUUUUGCCCCUCCCUCAACAUUACUCAACUAUCAAGACUCUAAAUUCUUUCACGCAUUUUCAACAGCAUGUUUUUAUCCAGCCCUAUGAAUCCCUUUCACUCUUAUAAAGUUGAACAUCACUUUAACUCACUGCAUUAAACAUGUUACUGAUAACAGGAGUACACUAACUUCACCGAUCACAGAACUCUGAUCAUUUAAGCGAUUUUCACCUCCAAAACAGUCUUUCGAGGAAACGUACAGUCAGACCAACACAACAAUAUGACUUCUUGCCAGUUGGAUUACAGCAAAAAUCCUGCUUGCUAAUCAGACUUUAUGAGCCCAGAUGACUCAUCUAAGCUGCAUAGCAUGUUGUACUUGAGCGUCAUCAUGCAUAUGUAUGAUCCGGAUGACCGUGUUAAUCUCUGUAGGCCUUCUGCUGGUUUGAUGAGUGGAUGACAAGGUUUUACAAAGGCUUCACCCCACUGUCACUUCUGAUCUACUGCACAGCUUAAUGGCUUUGAAACCGUUUUAUUUCUAACCCAACUCCCUUCAGACCUAUUAUUUUAAAGGCAUACAGCAGAUGGGGAUUUUUGUCAUGGCUACCGAUCAGAAACUCGUACAUCUAGGGAAUGACACUGAACAUGAUGAGCCUUAUAGAAUAACCAGCCUAACGUCAACCAGCAGUGUGUUUCUUAGGUGGGAUAACAGCUGCACAAACUGUCAUCUUAUUGCACUAAAUCUGUUCGUCGGACAACAUUUUUGAUACAUGUCACAGCAUGCAAUCUUUUUCUUCAUAUUAAUUGUAUUUUCACCUCUUGAAUGUGUGGUUGCUUUGAAAGGCCUCCGUUAUUUGUCACACAGAAGUGUCCACCAGUGAAUCAAGGUCUGGUGGAGGUUCUUACCCGUUUAAAGUUUGUUCUUGUUACUGUUGUUCACUCAAGGUGAAUUAAUGUUGUAUCUCUUUUAAAAACAGAUAUACGAAGGUGAUUGUUUUGUACUCUGUCAGGGUUGACCUUCUAUUUGUGAUUGUCAUGGGAAGAAGGCUGCACUUUUCUAGUUUUGGUUGGUUCUGCUGACGUCUGUAGGCUGGGACUGGUAGACAUUUGGGUUUCCGCAGAGUGUUGCGUAGGGCUGGGCGAUAAACUGAAAAUUUACCGAUACUGAAAUUUACGACAAUAACCAAUAUCAUUUUGCCCAUGUCAAUAUAUUUGGUGUCAAAAUAAAUAAAUAAAUAAAAGUUGGUUUUGAUGUGUGUAGGUAGGCUAUGGUCUCAUGUCCCUUUAAGACACUGUCCUACGUCAGAGAUGUGACUCCAAGCCCCAUUCAGUCCGUAACAAAGAGGGAAGAGACAGGUGAGGAGAUGGAGGACGGUUCAAAAGUUGUAGCGGCUGGAGCAGCGGCUGAAGUAGACCAAGUUAAUGUGGGAGGAGGUGAACAGCUUGUGGAGUAGUUAUCGUCCAAUUAUCGUUAUCGAGGUGAACUGCUCAAUAUAUCAUGAUAUUCAUUUGAGGCCAUAUCGCCCAGCCCUAGUGUGGUGUGGUUUGGAUGAGGUUUGCGGCAAUGGUUCUCUUCCAGAAAACAAUGGAUUGCCUCUCUAGGUGGGGAGUGAGUCUUCGCCCCAAGAUGUAAUAUCUUUAAGGGUAAAAUGUUGUGUGAGUUCAGCCGGUGAGUUGGUGCAGUAUCAACUGUUAUACUAGUUGUGCUGAAGAGGAAACUGAGCCUGAGGGCAAAGCUUUUCAAUUUAUCGGUCCAUCUGUGUUUCUAACCCUUAUCUAUGCUCAUUAGCUUUGGGUAGUGACAGAGGCAGUGAGAUCCCAGUUAUAUUCAGCUAAAAUAAGUUUCCAGAGGGUGGCCUCAAAGUAGAGUCAAGAGCUCAGACUUCUGGAGAGAGUUCGGUAAGGGUUGCUGCUCUUUUACGUUGAAAGAAGCAAGCUGAAGUGUUUUUUUUGUUAUUGUACCCAGUGGUGAGGUUGGCCUCUUUUCUGAGAAACCAGGUGGUGGUUGACAGGCAUCAAAGCUAGGUUAUGAAACAAGGUCAGUUUCACUUUGUAAUUUAGCGAGUUUUAUGAAAAUUAGUCCCAAGCACUACUGUAUAAGUAGAGUAUUUUGAAAAGUUUUCCACGCUUUUCUCAUCACAUUGCUUUUAGGAAGCACACUGAUCAGCUGUUUAAGCUUAUGAUGUUCAAGUUAACUUACAUGUAACCAUGACAUUUUUGCUCUCCAGCUCCACAUAAUUUUUUGCAACAAAUGCAAAAUAUGAGGGGUUUGAUGUAAAGACGAGACGAGAUUGCAUUCAAAAUAACAAGUUAAUACAAGAUAUUAGGAUUAUUUAACAUAAAUACAGAUUUUAUACAUUUUUGUAAGAACUCAAGCCAGAUCAUCUGGCUACAUAAAAAGCAAUAUUGGACCAAACUGAGGGCAUGAAGGCAACCUCAGAGCCCCUGAAAACUUGAUGUUUAAUUUAGAAAUGUGCAGGUCUCAUAACUUUCUGGAUCAGCUCAAAUACAGAUCAGAUGGAGAGUCGAGGGUGUGAGUUGUGUAUAUAAGAGUCCUUUUACCGCAGCGGGAUACUGUGGGCAGGGCCAGGCAAAGGCUAAAACCAGCAUACCUCCUGACGAACAGAGACGUUAUUGUGUGUGCGGGGGCUUUCUGGGGGCUGGAUUUGUGAGUGUGUGUCUGUGUGAGAUACCUGUCGGAAGUCUAUUGAUCCUCCCCAGUCCUAUUUAUGACUUUAUAAUGUUGGGACUAAAUGAGAGCAGAGGAAUUUCCUCCUUUGAGGUGCAUGAUUUAGUCAAAUUGCCAGUGUAUUAAACCUGCUUUAGUCUAACCCCUGAACACCAGGACCUGUUGAAAGAUUUCUUUUGAUUUUCCCUCCCGGUGAUGCCUUUGAUGCUCUCAAGCUUCUGCGUUCAGCGGCGAUCAUUUGUGCUAGCUUACUGUAUGUAAAAAUGAAAAAUAAAUACUGCGGUAAAUAUGUGAUUAGGAGGCUCGUGACAUCUUUGGAUCUUUUGAAGUUACAUCCUUUUAUUCUCCGAGUUUAAGCUAAAGUAGGAUUGUCAUGCCUGAGAAGUGCAGUGAUAAUAAAUGACUUUGAGACAGUCGCUGCGCUGUAAAUAGUUGACUUUGAUAAUCCCCAACACACUCCAAAGUGUACUACACUGUUAGCUCUGUGAUGUAAAAAGCACACACACAUCACACAUUGACUAUCCAUCCUUCAGUGACACAGAGAGAGAGAGAGUGAGAGAGAGAGGGAGUAGAGGAAUGCAGUGUUUUCAUUCUCUCAACCCGAACUGUCAAUCAGAGGAACUUGGCUGUGUACUGCUGCAGCAGCACUAUCCAAGUCACACAAAUUCCACCCAUACCGCCCACCCGCACACAUACACACAAUAACACACGCGCACACUAUCACACACACAGUCCUCUACUGUGUGUCAGAUUUAUUACUAUGUAGAUAAGCAGGAUAUCCAUCUCCAAUAAUGCAAUUUGUGCUGCAGAGUCUGUAAAGCAGCUGAAAAUCAAUAGCUGAUGAAAAAGCACUUUAACAACAGAUUGUCUCCGUCCAUUUCUCAAGCAAGACAGCGACUGCCUCUUUGAUUGCACUGUCUCUGAUUAAAUUUGUAUCUGAUUUUUUUUAACAGUUAGUUGGCUGUCUGUUUAAGUCAGGAUAUUCCCGAGCGUUAGAUAGCGAGGACAGCUGAGGAUGCACAAGUUCAGGGAUCAGGGUCAUUCAGAUUUCACGGUCUGUCUGCAAUCGUCUAGAGGACGACAGUGUUUUUGUUUUUCCUGUUCCCAAACACACGGGUAAGGGAAGGAUAUUUCUAAUCUACUGUGGCCUUGACACCCUUAAUCUCAGGGUCACAAGUCUAAAAAUAAGACAAGGCUAUUCGAACAGACCUGAAAAUGUGUGAUGUGUCUAUGUUUUUCUCUGCAUUAAAGCAAAAAUGCACCGUCUGUAGGCUGAUGACAGGAUUUGGUGUAUUGGAGACGUACUGCUGGCUUGAAAUAAGAUGGUGAAUCUCCACUGCUCACUUUGAUUGUGUGCUGAAAACCAGGAAAAUUACAUUUUGAUUCCAUCGGCUAUCAUCUGACCUGGUUAAUUUGAAGCAUUUGAGUCAAACCUAACAUUAUUGUAUAUCUUAUGGUGCAUUUUAGAUCAUGUAUCAGGAGAGAGGCUAAUUUUUCUAGCAGCUUUUCAUCAAAGUGACAGGACAUAACACAAAUUCAACAUAUUAUCUGAUGUAUUAUUUAAAACCAUCAUCAACAUCUGGGAUUGACAGCCAUCGAUUUGGACUUUUUUGUUGUCGCCAUAGUUAGAAAUAGAGCACCUCUCGAAGCACUUGUCAGUUUUAAGUGACAGGCUCAAAAGCUGAACUAUCUGCUCCAGCUGUCAGAACCAUUUUUAAAAAAUACUAGGGAUGUCCUGAUCUGGUAUUGAUAUCAGGUAUAGGUCCGAUAUCAGCAAAAAAACAAACAACGGAUUAUAUUGGCCUGCAUCUGAAAUCUCUGAUAUCAGCACCCCAAUCCAUUCCAGACUCCACUCCAGCACCUCUAACUAGCAGCGCCCAGAUCCAGCAUGCAGAACCCAUGUGAUCACAACAACAGUGUGUACUAAGGUACUAACAAAGUAGCAAGGAGUAGGAAUGAUGCCGGCCAUUUGGCAGUAUUUUUUGUUUAAGUCAGAAAAAGACGUUGCAGCCGAGUGCAAAACUUGUCAUGCACAAGUUAGUGCUAAUAUCAGAUCAAUAUCGGUAUUGGUCAAUACUGAAGGCUACGAUAUCGGUAUCUUAUCAGAAGUAAAAAGGACACCCCUAGAGAAUACAGUAUUACCAGUUCCCACUUGUGACAGCAGUAGAUAUCAUGAUUUCUCCCCUCCUUGUUUUGGUCCUUUCAAUCUCAGUAUAUCUCUGUAGUCCAUAAAUGUCUCUCCUUGUGUCCACAGUAAACUGCAAACCCAUGAUGUUGUCAGAAUGGAUCACUUUUAUUUUGAUUUCAUUCAAAGCUUCAAAACUCUCCCAGUCUUUCUUGCAUAUGGCACAAAUCCACUGUAAUUGUAAGAAAAGAAUACUUGGACCCUAAAUAGAAACCAAAAGCUGUUUCGCUCGACUAUAGCUUUUCAAUUGAGAAGAUUCAGAAUUCAGAGCUUAUAAAAGGCGAUGAACAGUUAUUCGUUUCAGUUCUUCUCUCUGCAGCAGGAUAAUAGGACUUGUCGACGCAGCGUGAGAAAUGAGCCUCUAGCAGAUGAACAACAUUUCCAAGCAAAGAUUUUUGAAUGUAGCGUCACUAAUACAGGUAUUAGAAAUUAAUAAAGCUGUCAAUGUCAGUGCUUAAAUGUGCUCAUGGUAUUGUAGGUAAUAGAGGGCAGAACAUUUGAUACCCCUAACCUAAUCUGUUUUCUCUCUGUGUUUCACCGUAAUCAUCCCCCCACCUCUAUCCUUACAUCUCUCUAGGAAAACAGAGCCUGAACUUCAAAGUGCAGAGUAGCAGGGCGCCCAGCAGAAACAUAAUUGCAUCAUCGCACAAACACAAAAAUGUCACAGGAUGGCCUUUAAUGGCCCUUUUCUCUCGCCUCCUAUAAAUCUGAGGCCAGUUUUAGCAGCUUUGUACCUUGUGUACUGUUUGGCCUGUAGUUAGUGAAACGAGAAAACUGCACUUCUUUGAUCUUUCUACAUGCCCCCAUGGUUUUUAGCUCAUGUUAGUUAGUUUUUGGUUGUUUUCUUGAGCCGCAGGAAAUUAAAACACAAUUUUUAAUUCUAUGCCUAAAAUUAUCAAGUCAAUGAUCGGCAUUUGACUUAAUGAUAACAACAAUCAUGGUCAGGGGAUCUAAUCUUUCGCCCCUAGCACAGCCCGUUCUGUUAGUAUAAUAUAAUAAUAUCGACCAUUAUUCAGUGGUAGUUAUAAAGAAAAAAAAGGGGUAUUUACUGCUGUGAUAGAGCUGAUUCUCCAUCAGUGCACAUUUGUCAAGCGGGGGCUUGAUCUGUACUGAAAGAUGCCCUAUUACACUCGUUAGUUCUCAUGACUAACUCUGCACUACUCUGCUGCAGCUCCUGUGCCCUCGCCCUCUUAAUAGCAUGUCCACUGACAUCCGUGCUGUAGGGGAGGGUUAAAGGAGAAGAAGCUAUUUCCUGAGUAGUGUCAAAGAAGACCUCCAAGCCUAAAGCGUAUGCUUUGCAUUUUCAACUUUCACACUGUGUAUGUGACAUUACAUUCACUGUACGUGCACUGUAAGCACUUUGAGUCUGUAAUUGAAAAGAUAAAUCAUGUUUUGUCACUGAUAGAGGAAGGAGUUUAUGUUGAGAGUGUACUUGUUUCCUAUCAGAGUUAGUCCUGUUGAUUAAAAUAAUUCCUCCUCUCAAAAAUCUUCUCACGGACUUUUCUUUUACACCUUCGCAAAAUGAAGUGCAAAUGCUUCCCCUCCUGUGAAAUUUGCUCACUUGUUAAAAAUCUUGUUUUUUUCCCCUAUCCUCAGUGGUAUUAACCAAACAAACAGUUGUAGAAAAAGGUCUGAAAAAUUUAGCCCUGUGCUGCUGCCUGAGUAUUUCAUUCUUGUGUGCACUCAGUUGUGCUCUACUUUUGAGUGUGUGCCAGAGAUAUCCAAAAGCAGAGAUGUGAUAUUAAAUGGUUCUUUAAGUUUUUCAUUCCAGACACCCUACUGUUCCUCCAUCUGUUCCCACAGAGCUAAUGUCACCACACCAGCACUCAGCAUAUAGACUUCAUGGCACCCCGCUAGGCAAAUACACAUUGUUAUAUAAACAUGCACACAUUCACUAAAGGCAAAUAUACAUUCUUUAGCACAAGGGCUAGAGGAAUGUUUGCAGUGAAACUGAAGGACUGUCAGGCAGCUAGAAACCCUCCUGAACACACUCUCUUAAGCUCUCCUAAUUUACACUAGAGCUGCAGUGUAUCAUGUUGUCACUUCAUCCAUCUGUUGUUCUUUUAUUGACUAUUUAUUCAGCUUUUUUCUAUAUUUACAAGUAAAACAGUUCUACAGUUUAUUUGCAACUGUUCUGAUUUAUUAUUGACUGUUCAAAUGUCUUAAAUAUAGAACAUUUACAGGUUCAAGCUUCUUAUAGCAGAAAGCCAUCGAUUUUCGACUCUGUUGUUACAAGUUCAAGCAACAUUAUGCAGGAAAACAUCCUUUUUUAAGUGCAGUGAUAUUUUACUCUUGCCAGCUUCUUGCUCUGCCUUUCUACAUUUUCUGUUUCUGUGUCCUCACUGAGGACAGUGAGCUAAGUUGUAGGGCUGUCUGCCACAAAGCUGUCUCAUAGAACAUAAAAAAUGCUGUGAUAAAGAUGGACAGAACAAGCGUUUGAGGUGCAGUGAAUAAAAGCAGCAUUCUCCCAAAGAGCCGGUCUGUCAACAUGAUUUUGAUAUUUUUCCAGGGCAUAUUUUAUUGAAGAUGUUUUUUCAACUGUACAAACCACUACCAGCAUAUAAUAACACCCCCCAACUAGACUGUAUGGUUAAAAUAGCACUCAGUGGCUCAGUUUAAACUUGUUGCCAGCCGCAUGUUUCAGAAAAGUUAGGAUUAGGGGCAUGUUUACCGUUGUGUUGCAUCACUUCUUGGUUUACAUUACUCUGUAAACUUCUGGGAACCAGGGCGACCGGUCUCUGGAGUUUUGAAAGUGAAAUUUUGUCCCAUUCUUGCCUUAUCUAGGAUUUCAGCUACUCAACAGUGCAGGGUCUCUCUCCACUGUCAUGUUUUUUUAUUGUUUGAUCUACCAAAUGUUAUCAACAGGUGACAAGCUGGGACUGUUGGCAGGCAGGCAGGCAGGCCAGUUUAACAGUUCAGACUCUGACUGUGAAGUCAUGGUGUUGUAACACUUGCAGCAUGUGGUCUGGCAUUGUCUCCCUGAAAUAUGCAUCGUCUAGACGACAGCACAGCAGCAAUGAUGUCUUUCCAGAUGUGUAAGCUACCAAUGCCAGGUCCGCUUGGGCUUCCCCAAAUGCUCACUGCUGCUUUUGAACAGUACACUGAUGAACUCAUCUUUAGUCCAUGAAUUAGGGCUGGGCGAUAUGGCCUCAAAUCAAUAUCGCGAUAUAUUGAGCAGUUCACCUCUAUAACGAUAAAUGGAUGAUAACUACUCCACAAGCUGCUCACCCCCUCCCACAUUAACUUUGUCUACUUCAGCGGCCGCUUCAGCCGCUACAACUUGUGAACCGUCCUCCAUCUCCUCACCUGUCUUUCCCUCUUUGUUAUGGACUGGAUGGGGUGGAGUCACAUCUCUGACAUAGGGCAGCGUCUUAAAAGGGACAUGAGACUAUAGCCUACCUACACACAUCUCAAACCAACUUUUAUUUGACACCAAAUAUAUUGACAUGGGCAAAAUGACGUUGGUUAUUGUCGUAAAUGCAUGUAUCGGUAAAUUUUCGGUUUAUCGCCCAGCCCUACCAUGAAAUGAUUUCCACUUCAGAGUCAUACCAACUUUAGUAACGACCGCACGAUAGCAAUACAUAGCGGUCUAUGUCUCCACUCACAAACCUCAACCAAAACGCCACACUAUAGCCACAAAUAAUGCUCAGAACAGCACCUAACUUCAUCAACAGUACAUAUAGGGUCCCAGCCACAGUACUAACCAUCAAACAUCUUUUAGUUUUGCCUGAUUUCUUUAGCAAAGAGACUAAACACAACUCACCUACUCUCUUCCAGCAGCCGCUUGCUUGUGGGGGAGCCCUGACGAGUCAAUCACCGAGUGCAGUGACUCAUUUCCAUGAAGUUAUAAUCAUCAUAAUAAUCGUUUAGCACUGCAGACGCGGUAGUUCUUCUGCCUUUGCGUCUGGUCUGAUUGCAUUUUCCGCUGCACUCAGUGAUCGACUCGUCAGGGCUCCUCCCACAAACAUUGGUUGCUGGAGGAGAGUGGGUGAGUUAAAGUCUAAACACUCCACAUCGCAGAGGUUGCUAGUUCCACUCCCAGCCACGACCUUUUGCAGCAUGUCUUUCUCCACUCUCUUCUCCCCACAAUCCCUGUCUCUCUUCAGCUGUCGUGUCUAGUAUUUGAGUUGUUAUCUUUGUACUGUUUUAAUUAAAAAUAGGGUUUAAUAUGAUUUGUAACCUAUCAUCAACAGUUUGCCCUGACAUUUCUGGGAUUAGAGUUGUAGAUGGCAUGUUUUCAUAAGGUCAAAGGAUUUAUGAAAUGACGAGAUGAUGUUGAUAGUUCUGCUUUAUGGUUUAUGGUGUGUUAUUUCUAAAACUGUCUUUCUGACUGAGGAUUUUAUAUGAAUGUGUUUCUGAAUUUGUCAAAGACCUUUUCAAUUCCCUGAUCUUUCUACUCUUAUCUUUUCUUUGGACCAUGAGGGGGGAAAAAAUCAGCUCAAAUUCAGAGCCGUGCGGCUUCUGCCUUUCACUUUCUUUUCCAGCUGUAGCACCUUCAAUCCGCUGUGUUUCUAAAUUUAAGUGAGGUGUGGGAAAGGAAAGAUGAAAACCAGCAGAGCCUAGAUGAUGUGGGAGGUCAUACCACUGAGGUCACACAGACCACAGUUUGCUCAACUGGCACGCAAACAAAUUGUUGCCUUGAGGAACAAGAAUCUAUCAGUUUUAAUUAAACUGACGCUUCAUUCUUCUCAGCCAUCUGGGUUGGCGUCGAACAGGUGUUACAGGUGAACGGGUAACAGUAACUGAACACUGUUGCAGGUAAGCUGUGUUCCUGGCCAUGUGCUCUAUAGUUGUUUUCUUCUCCUGCUGUUUGGUUUGGAGAUAGACUAGAUAUGGUUUAAGCUUUAACAGAGGCUGUAAACACGCAGAAUUUUCACGUCCCACAGCACAGGUGUGGGUUGCUGUGCUGUCUGAGUAACACGAGCAUUGUGGGAGUUGUGUGAAAUUUCACAGUCAAGGUGCAAUAAAAUCAUGGUUUGAGUCAAGAUUUAGCAUUAAACAGUCUUUAUUUGUUUUGAGGGACAAUUGUGGAUUAUUAAAAUCAUGAUUAUUUGAGUGUUGAAUGAUUUCAAGUCCCUCUAAAACAGUUGCUUUGAUUUUUUUCUGACGUUUUCUGCUAUUUUUUGGUCUGGAUGGAAACUUCUUCAUGACUGCAUGGUUGACGGAUCUUAACUUUGCUGCUUUUCAAAGAUUUUUUUCAAAGGGGCCACAACAUGAAUGAAUUGAGACUAAUAGACUAAGGAGAGGAAACAUUACAUGAGACAAAUUUUAAAUCCCAAAUGUUCUUUUUAAAGUGAAAUAAUUUCAACAGAGAAAAAUGGCAAUAGAAAGAAACUGAAUAAAACAAGAUGAGUUUUUGUAUCUAACACCUUUUAAAUAAAAUCAGGUUUUCAAUUUCUUGUAAAAUGUCAUUGCCUCAUUCGCAUAAAUGAAAAUAUGAUCACAUCGGUAGAUUAUCAACUUAUGGCAAUACUAUUUAAAACUUGGAAAACUAAUAAAAGGUCGGGUGGGGAUACCAGACUAGUGCUGGUUUACUGCAUCAGCUGUGCACCUCCUCAAAAAUCAACACGAUGAUUAGAGAAGCUGCAGUAUGUUAGGGCUGGGCGAUAUGGCUUCAAACCAAUAUCACGAUUUAUUGAGCAGUUCACCACGGUAACAAAAGCUGCUCACCCCCUCCCACAUUAACUUCGUCUACUUCCGCCACAGCUACAACUUUUGAACAGUCCUCCAUCUCCUAACCUGUCUUUCCCUCUUUGUUACGGACUGGAUGGGGUGGAGUCACGUCUCUGACGUAGGACAGCAUCUUAAAGUGACAUGAGCCUACCAUAGCCUACCUACACACAUGCAAAAUCAACUUUUAUUCAUUUAUUUUUUUGACACCAAAUAUACAUGGGCAAAAUGACGUUGGUUGUUGCUGUAAAUUUAUGUAUCAGUAAACUUUUGGUUUAUCGCCCAGCUCUACAAUAUGCACAUGAAUAGUAGGGGCAGUGUAGACGCAGAGCAGAUGUGACAGUCAACACAGCUGCAGGUAUUUAACGGCAGAAAAUUAAAUAGACAAGCUGGUAUCUUCAUCUGUAUGAUGAGUCAUCACCACUACACAGCCUCAGUCAUGCUGGUCUCAAAGCAAAAGUUAAAUUAUGUGGAAACCUUCAGAACUAAAUGGAAAAAGUCUGGCACUGUCUGAGACUUUGGGAAAACUGGGUGAGGCAUUGCUGAUGGUGUGUUCUGUCCACCAGUGAACAGUUGCCAGAGGUGGCUCAAGAAUUUGUCACUCAUUGAGGCAGCAACAUCCAGAAUUAACAUCCAAAAUUAACAGAUCACAUCCCCCAAGAGUUAUGUCAUCUCUUGUUACCUUCCCUGAGAUCAGGCCAGUCACUGCAUACUGCUUUAACUUUGUGGUGUGCCCUUUAGAGGUAAGACACAUGGUGUACUUAUGGGGUCAAAUAUAUUUACAGUUGUGCUCACAUGUGAAGUGUAUCUCUGCCUCUUGACACGCAUUAGAAGAUGAUCUUUUGUGCUUGUCAUCCUUGGACUCUGUGACACCAUAUAUCUUGUUUGUUGUUUAAAAUUUUAGUUUAGUUUAAAAUCAAAAUCAUAACUCUGCUGAUGGGAAAAUUUGGCCUACUUUUUUUAGUCAUUGUGUCUCUUUGUUUUUUAUCUGCCUGGUUGUGAGCACAAGGUGGCUUCAGUGAUGACAGAUGUAUUUGCUUUACAGAUAAGUAUGUCUUAUCCUAUAAAUGAUGAAAUCUACUGUUGUAAAAAAAAUACAUGUGGAUUUAAUAACUAAUCUCCUGACCUACAAGGUUCCUACUUUUUACAGAUGUACAUUAAUUAGAAAUGGAAAAUAAUUACUUUUGUUAGGAAAAAGCAGAGUUGCUGAUUGCUUCCCGUAGGACUACAGCUUCUGUAUGUAGGACACAUAGUUUUAACCACUGAGAUAAACAGGACAUUUUUGUUAAUGAACAUCACACAAACCCCUCGACACGCACAAUUGAAUUUCCCUUUAGGUAUCUUCUUCUUCUUCUACUUCUACUACUACUUCUUGUACUUCUUUUUUUUCCUCUACUUCUGCUUUUUCUUUUACUUCUGCUUUUUCUACUUCUACUUUUGCUUUUUCUUCUUCUACUGCUUUUUCUUCUGCUUUUUCUUUUACUUCUGCUUUUUCUUCUGCUUUUGCUUUGUCUUUUUCUGCUUCUGCUACUUCUACUUUUGCUUUUUCUUCUGCUACUUUAUGUCUGCUUUUUCUUGCUUUUUCUUCGACUUCUUUUUCUUCUACUGCUUCCUCUACUUCUUUUAUUCUUCUUCUACUUCUGCUUUUACUCCCCUUCUUCUACUCCUGCUCCUACUUCUUUUUCCUACUUCUGCUUUUACAUCUUAUUUUUAUACUUCUACUUCUGCUUUUUCUUCUCUCAACUUCUUCUACUUUUGCUUCUACUUCUUCAUUUCCUUCUUCUAUUUCUUCUUUUACUUCUGCUUUUUCUUCUCCUGCUGCUUCUUCUGUUCUUAUUUCUGUUGAUUUUCCUCACAUUUAUAAUUUGCUGAGGCCAAAUACAUUUUUGAGGGUCUUAUCAGAUCGUUGUUUUAAAUCAGUGCAUUGACUAAUAAUCGCUACCACCACUCAGGCAGAAUUGGAAGUCUGUACCGAUGCUUGUAUCUGAGCUAAUCUUGGCGCUCCGACAGCAGAAUGGUAGAAAACAAGUAGAUUUUGUCCCCUAAUUGUAAGCUUUUUUUGAGGCAUGUCUUGUUCCAGUCCAUCCAUUUUGGGGACCUGAACACCAGUUGCUUCAUUCAUGUCACUCCUCUUUCUCCGCCGCUCCUCCUUUCAACCAUUUCUACUUUCCAUCUCCUAACUUUUUGACUUUGUCAGCUUCUCUCCUCUACCCUCCUGUAUCAUGUCUAAUUAUCGAAAUCAGUGUGCGCCUACAGGGAUCUCUUCAAUACCGCCUCAUCAAAGCCCCUGUUUGUGUUUGCUUGUUUAUCUCUGGCUGCUAUUCUGGGCUCUCUCCUGGAUCCCUGAUGAGACACGAGCCGCUUAUACUGUAAGCUGUCACUGCACCUCCAGUCAUUCAAAACACUGCCAAAUGAGAUGUUCUCUUUUUACACCUUGUCUUGUUCCUCAUUCUCAUUAUAUAUAUAUUCUUUAACAUUGCUCUGCUUUUGCAUCUUCUUACCCCAGUUCAUAAAAGAACUCCACUGCAGUGAAAGUCAUGCUGCAGGUUGGUUCUCAAUCAAAAGUCUUGCCUUUCCCUUUUCGUCUUUUACACUUUUGUUUUCUCCUUAUACACACCACUCCUACAUUUUCGUACUGUUUCACAUGAGAUCUUUCCCCCUACCUUGCCACACCUCGAGGGCAUUAAAAAACCUAAAAUUGUGUGUAAGAAAGUGAAGUUUCUCACUAUGUUAUCUUACACCCCUCAAGGCCCCAGACAAUCUUUUGGAGAGGCAACAGUAGCAUCACUUCUGAGGAGUUACCUUCUGGGGAAGAGUGUAAAACCUUUUCGUAGAAUGAAGAAGGAGGAAGACGGGGGACUAAAAUGUGUCAGCUCCUUUUUCAUGAAUCACAAGUAUCAAUGUGUAGUUGUGUUAUGAAAUGAAAUAGAGAUCUAGGAUUAAGUUAAAUCCUUUCUUAGUUAUCCAUAGGCAUUAGAAGAGUUCUGGUAUCAAUACUAAGUUGGCUCAAUACAAGCAGUCAGUGUUUUUACAACAGUAUUAUAUAUUUCAUUUCCUCACAUCCACAUCUGGAGGUACUCAGUUAAUUUACAAGUCAGGGCAGUGUCAAUUCACCAAGCCUUGAAUCCAAGCCCAGUCUUGAGUCCUCGGUAUUUAAGGCCAGGUGAGUCACAAUGACCUGUGUCAAAGCUUGUUUCCUUAUAAUAAAUAUUCACUGUAUCCUAGGUAGAUAGAUAUUAAAGUUUGAGUACACACAAGGGCUGGGCGAUAAACUGAAAGUUUACCAAUACUGAAAUUUACGACAUUAACCAAAGUCAUUUUGCCAAUGUCAAUAUACUCAGUGUCAAAGAAAUGAAUAAGUAGAAGUUGGUUUUGGAUGUGUGUAGGUAGGCUAUGGUCUCAUGUCCCUUUAAGACGCUGUCCUACAUCAGAGACGUGACUCCACCCCAUCCAGUCUGUAACAAAGAGGGAAAGACAGGUGAGGAGAUGGAGGACGGUUCAAAAGUUGAAGCGGCUGAAGUAGACAAAGUUAAUGUAGGAGGGGGUGAGCUGCUUGUGGAGUAGUUAUCAUCCAUUUAUCGUUAUCGAGGUGAAUUGCUCAAUAUAUCGUGAUAUUGAUUUGAGGCCAUAUCGCCCACCCCUAGUACAAUGACCCCUCCUUUCCUUAUUGGUACUUUUACAUAACAAACUUGCUGCACAGCUCUUUGGGGCAUUUGCUAAAUCUCUGAAAUUCGUGGCACCUCUUUGCUAAACAGGACAGCACCUGGAGGUUUCAGCUUUGCUUGAAACUGGAUAAAUGAUUACAGCCAUGAACCUCUUACUAAUAAAAAAAACACAAAGGCAAUAAAAGACUAUAUCAAAAAAAGUUUGAGUGCUACUCUCCAUCUUCAGAGUCUGAGUCCAAGUCCAUGUCAUCAGUGCUCUAAACUGAGUCAAGUCCUCAAAAGACUUGGAGUUGAGUCAGUUCUAAGUCCUGGACUUUGGUAUUACAACACAAAGUAUCAGACUGGUGUCUGGAGGGGAAAGACAGUAUCAGACUGUCUAUGGAAAUAAACUUGUAUAUGAGUUUUUCCGGGACAUGCUUAUGGGAGAUGUUAACUGUGUGUGUGUAUGUUGGCAAGGACACACUUGUGCGCUUCAAAGCUUUGUGAUGGUGAUUAGCGACAGCCACUGUGACAGUUUGGCAUUUGUUGCUGAAAUAGGGCGCUAUGUUGCUCAGAUCUCCCCCAAUUUGAGCUCUCAGCUGCUGCAAUGGCAAAAGUGUUAUUUGAUGUCAGACAGAGUCUUUACUUACCACAUGGGAUGGUCAGAGGCUGGAAGAUUAAUACUGUCAUCGCAUGGAAGUCUCCGGUUUCUUUUUCUGUCUUUAUGAAAACACACCCAGCGCAGAGUUACAUAUGGGACCAAAAUAAGAGUUGUUUCUCUCCUGGGGAGUUGUUUUUUCUUUCUUUUGAAAAAGGAAGGUUUUCUUUAAAGCUGAGAGUUGAUGAUGGCAGGAACACACUAAUGACUGAGCUGCUUUGAGCUGGUUGCUAUGUAUGACUCCAGUCUAUGCUCUCUCAUGUAACUCUGAGUUUUGUGGAGCUCAAAUAUUGUCACAGUUAUUGUCAGCUGCAGGGAAAAACAAGCAUCGACACACAUUAAUUUUUUAUCAGAUGCCUCUGGUUGUGUCAAGAUAAACUCAAAUGGCUAAAUGAGGGUGUGGAAGAAGUUUUUAUCUUAUUUUUAAAGUGCUGCUUUUGGUGUGGAGGACCAGCAAGCCAAGGCAUGCAUUGGUGGGAUACUGAAGCAAUAACAAUCCUCCCAAAUAGGAAAGGUUGAAGCCAGGAAAAGGCUGUGUUGUCACAUAUCAGCUGCCUCUAUAUCCUCUGAAGAGGUAUGUCUGGAUCUCAAGAACAAGAUAAAAAAAAACAACUGUCUGGAUCUCCCUUCCAUACGCUUUUAAGACUUUCAUUUACAAAAGGCAGAUAAAGAACAUAAAAAAAAAAAAUAAAGAAAAAAAAAAAACAGUCUUUACAGCAGAUAUAAGAUUGACUGCUACAUCAUAAAAGAAAAGCCUGGGUUCACUUUCUCAACUUGGUGAACACUGAUCCAUUUGACUUGCCUCAUAUUUGUUUAACCUCUGACCUCUAACCUUCGUCUCUGUCUUGUUGUGUCACAGGAGCCAAGAUGGAUGAGACGGAGAAGUACAAACAGCGGCUGGAGGCAAUCGCUGUGAGUCCAUACGUACACAGACAUCUAAGCCUGCAUGUUGCUAGUCAAAUAUUAUAGCUGAACUCUGAAGUAAAGCUGACAAUACUGUUAAAGCUGAGUGUAUUUUUACUCAUUAACAAGCUGCAGAAAAGAGAUUUUUAGGUGUAUCAUUGUCAGCAGUUGCCUCCCCAAGUUAAUGAAGUUACUGAAUGUGGAAAACUCAAACUAGCAGUCUGCACAAUAUGAUAUAAUUGUUUCAGUAUAGACAUCGUGAUAAAAGUAUGGAAGUGUAUUACAUUCACCAAAAAAAAAAAAAAAAUACAUAUUUUUUUUUUCUUUUUGGUGAAUGUGAAUGAGUAAUUUUUUUCUGUUUUUCAGAGUAAAAUUUUUUCUUUUCUAUUUUUCAGAAUAAUUCUUCUGUUUUUCAGACUAUUUUCUUUGUUUUGUUUUUCAGACUAAUUGUUUUUCUUAUUCACUGGGAUCAUGAUCAUUUAAACAACAGUCGCUUUCAUCCCCCUCUGCUCGAUUUAAUGGAAGCAAACAUCGCCUGCUUGUUUAGUUUAAUCAAGUUUUACUUUCUUUUGGGUUUGAGACACUGGGAGAUACUCCUCUCUUCAAGUCGGAUAGAUGGAAUCGUUAUAAGUUUGUCUACUUUGCGCUAUGACAUCAGGAUUUGCAUACCCUAUGUUUAACUAAUAACAUGCUUUACUCUCAUUGACCCCGUUGUCAAAGUUAUCUAGGAGCUGGAGAAUCUGCUGAUUUAGAGGAGCCACAGUGGUGAACGUUAUCUGAUUGUAUGAGAUUUUCCCAGGAUCUUGAAGUAUCUCGCUCAGUCAGGGAAAAAAUAGUCUGAAACACAGAAAGAUGAAAAAAAUACUACAAAAAAAAAAAAGAAUAGAAAUGUGUCCGUAAAACAGAAAGAGGGGGAAAAAAUAUUAGUACAAAAAGCAGAAGAAAAAAAUAAUCAAAAAAACAGGAAGAAAAAAAAAUUAGUCCGAAAAACAGCAAAGAUAAAAAAUUACUCAAAAAAACAGUUUCCUUUUUUUUGUAAGUGAAUGCAAUAUGCUUCCAUCUAAAAGCAUGUGUAAAUGUCAUAACUUUAACUUUAGCACAAGCUUAACACAUGAUGAUCGUUGGUGGAACAGAUGUGUUGCCAUAUCGUCACCCUAUUAAAAUAAUGGCCUAAGUCAUUUUUGACGAUAAUGAGUUUUUGGCCUAAUUCAUCUCUUGAGCAGUGGCGAUUGCUCUAAGACUGCAAGGGAAGCUCGGCUUCCCUUAAAAUGUCACCCCCCAAAAAAAAGAAAAAGUGGUGAAAUACGUACUGCUGUGUGUACAUUUCAUUAACUAAAUACGCACUAGAAAGCCUUCAUCUUUUGUUCAGACACUGUGAUAAGAAGCUGAUAAUCACAGGUAACCGGCAUAACUUCGUUCUCAUUCAUCCUCGCAGCGCCUCAGCGCUUUAAACAGCCGGACGCUGGGCUUCUGCUGACUUCAAUGUGGAAGCUCAAAGUGGGUUGUUCCAGCAGCGAAACUAGACGCUCAUUGGAUAAAUGCUGGGCUUUGUCCCACCCAUCGGAAGCCCAGCUUCACUGGAGUUCUAUGGCGAGAGGGCGGUCCCGACUUUCUCCCGGACUCCAAGCUUCUGCAUCCAUGAUUGGAUGAGCUGUCUGAGGCGAAAUCCUUUUUUGAUUGACAGCUAAACAAGCGAAUCAGCGAUCUUGAAGAAUAAAACAUCUACCAGAGCAUUUUCCAAGUUAUUCAUUCCGUUGUUCUUAACUGCUCCGGAGACUUUACCGAUCCUCAGCGACUUUUGUCUUUGUUAAAAACGACUGCCGUUGUGUUUGGCGACUCUGUUCUGUUACAUACUAAUAAACAAACACAAUUACGAUGUAGGCCAGAAAAAUGAGCUUCCCCUCCUUGAAAGACCAGCAGCCGCCACUGCUCUUGAGGUGGUUUAAAGAUGAUUUAGGCCAAAACUCAUUUUCGUCAAAAAUGACUUAAGCCAUUAUUUUAAUAGGGUGACGAUAUGUAGCUUGAGUUGCAGCGCAAACACAGCCGAUCAAACACAGUAUAAACAUGGUCAGUAAACCAUUUGGUAGGAGUUUUGGAGUUUUACAUCACCAUCUCUGCAAAGCUUGUUAGAAACAGGAAAUGCUCUAAAAUGUCCAUGUAAAAGGCUUGACUUUGGACUUGAUAAAACAGCUGACCAGCAGCAGAGGACAUGGCACCAUCUUCACUAUUUAAGUGACCGUCAUAUCCAGCAAAAAAGUUUGGAAAGUCAAAGUUUCAGCAUUGUCCUCAUUUAGAAUACCAUUAAGAAGCACUUUAUUGUAAAACUACACCUGGAGGAUCAGCAUUUUACAGGCUAAGUUUAGUUGCAGUAGCAGCUGCUCGUGUCUUUUUGCCUUCGUUUCAGAUUCGUCUGCGUAGAGAGAGAGAGGGUGAGGAGACUAAGCUCUCUCUAAGCUGUCUGUAUCAUCUUAAUAAUUAAUUGAAUAUGCAAUGUUGUGAGCCAGUGUGUCCCUUUGGUCUCAAUACCAGGUUGUCAAGGGGAUAGCUGCUCUGAGCAUUAUGGGAUAUAGAGUUUACCUGACGUCUGUGGCGACGGUGUCCUUGUGACAGAUGGUUGACCAGGUGUCCCUGUUUAACUCUCAUCCAGUGAUGUUUUAUUCACCGCAUCCCGUCCCUCUCUUUUAUUUCUGUAAUCAAGUCGCAUUAGUUUGUCUCUGUGCCUGGCAGCCAAUCACAAUUUUUUUAGUUGACGUUUCUCUUUAUGUGAACUAGAGUGAACUCCAUGCCCUAACUAUCAUAAGUCUGCGCUGACUCUUAUGCCAUUGAAUUUUCUCUCCCUCCAUCUGUCUUUGCUCUCUGUCAGGAGAAGCGUCGACUGCAGGAGGAGCAGGACAAAGCCAGGAGAGAGAUGGAGGAUGAGAAGCUCAGACUACAGCAGCUCAAGGUCUGACACAUACAAGCAGUUUGAUCUAAGCUGUUUCAUUCACUCGCUACACACCCACUCUCUCUCUAACACACAUAACUGCAUGCGUCCUUAAUUUCUCUAAGUUAAAUUCCUCUGCCACCCUAUUUCCUCGGCUUGUUAGCAGGCAGAUAUCUUUAACAAUUAUUUCCUUUUCACACACACACACACAUCCUUUCACACAAAGAUGAACCGCACAACCUUCCACACUUCCUGCACCCGGCCUGUUACUCACAAGGUUAAAAGCGAGCCUCCAUUUUUCAGAAAUCAGUUUUUUUAUGUGAAUGUUUACACACUCUGCAAGUCACAGAGCUGCUCUAUUGUUUUCACAUCAUUUCCACACUGGCGUUCCCACUUCCUACUCUACUGUGUUACACUGCCCUGGGGCACAUUCCUCAAAUUGUGUGAAAUUUUCUGCAGCAAGUAUUUGUGUGCACUCAGGUAUGCAUGUGUGUGCUCGUGUGGUCUUGAAAUAAACUAUUUUGCAUAUUAUUCUCAACUUAUUUUUGUGUGAAAGUGGAAUUUUUGCUCCUAACCCUGAGCCUGAAAUUCAUCUGUGCAAUCAAAAUUCAAGUUGCAUGCAGCUUUAGAGAUUCUAGAUGAUAGUAUCAUAGCCCCGACUACAUUCAUUAGCUCUGACAUUGACUGUAUCCCCAGGGCAGAUGUAAGGAUGUGAUAUGGCGAGAGCAGCAGCUUAAACACACACUGCCCCUGACCUGCAGGAAAGUUUAGAGAGGGCUGUGUCCAGCAAAGCCAAAUGCACAGGGAGGGGAACAGAGCGGGGCUUGUUCUCCACUGCAGGAAAAAACACAGAGAUGAUUUUGUGAAGCUUAUAGUUAAGUAAGUAGCUACUGGCUAACGGUUGCCAGAUUUUCAAAACAUGGGGCUGCAAAGGAGUGCAGGGUUUUCUAGAUGCCUGAGUGUUUCUCUCAGGAUAAGACCUAUAGCUGCUGUAAAUAGAUUGUGUUUUAUAUCGAAGCACAGGCAGCAUCGUAAUCAUGUAAAAAAUAAUCAACCUUGGUGUUUUACUAGAUUAGAUCUACUAAAAGUUCCUCGCAGACAUACUCUGUUUAUUUCCGCAUGUCAGGGUCAGCUACAGAACAGCGUUCCUGGAACUGGCAAGAGUUUACUGUCUGGCUCAAGGGCUGCACAGAUGCUUACCCAAACAGGCACUUGAACCAAGGUCAACUCAUUGCAGUGCAGCUAUCAUAUCUGUACCGUCACCCUGCAGGUACUGUAAAAGUCUAGACGUGCAGGGAAACACCACAGCUUUAUUAAAUGUAAUGUUUGUACUAAAAUGUUCAUUUUUAUGAAAGUUUGAGGAGACUCUCAUAUUUUUUGCAGUACGUGUUGUUAAUUUGUCUAAAAAAGUUUUACAUCAGAUAGCAAUAGUUAUAAAUUAAAACUUGAUCCAGACUUAAAUAAAGCGUUUUAAUUCUGAAGUAUGAGGAGUGUAUAAUAAGAGGCAUGCUGUGACAAGCCUAAGAAAUGGCGCUGUAUCCAGUAUCAUUAUCAUAUUGAAAUUAAGGCUGGGCGAUAAACCGAAAAUUUACAGAUACUAAAAUUUACGACAAUAACCAACGUCAUUUUGCCCAUGUCAUUAUAAUCAGUGUCAAAAAAUAAAUAAAUAAAAGUUUGUUUUGGAUGUGUGUAGGUAGGCUAUGGUCUCAUGUCCCUUUAAGACACUGUCCUAUGUCAGAGACGUGACUCCGCCCCAUCCAGUCUGUAACAAAGAGGGAAAGACAGGUGAGGAGAUGGAGGACGGUUCAUAAGUUGUAGCGGCUGGAGCAGCGGCUGAAGUAGACAAAGUUAAUGUGGAAGAGGGUGAGCAGCUUGUUGAGUAGUUAUCGCCUAUUUAUCUUUAUCGAGGUGAACUGCUCAGUAUAUCGUGAUAUUGAUUUGAGGUCAUAUCGCCCAGCUCUACUUGGGAUUUUUAUAUCACCAUCUUCAAUUAUGUUGAAGAUAAACGAUAGUUACAACUUCUAAAACAUUUUCCUUGUGAGUUUGUAUAGACUAUGUUUCCUGCUAUACUUCAUGUAGAAAUACACGGUGUGCCAAAGUCUGCAGAAAUACACUUAAAUGUCAGAGAGUACCUGAGCAUUUUAGGAUCCAUCACUUUGGAGGAAAUUCAACAAGAGCUAAACUUGAUUUUUCAUCUUUGUUGGAUGAAAGUGUCACAUCAGUGUGGCGAGAACUAUGCAGUUGUACAGAUGUGUUGUGGAGAAAGACGGAGGCAUGUGUCACAUAUGUAACACUCUAUUUAGGAGAUGAUGCUCGAGACCCAGCCCUAAAAAGCACUGAGAAUUGGGCUCUUCUUGGUACAAACUUCAAAAACCGACUUGAGUUUUCUGUAAAGAGGGAAAAGCACAUAGCCUGAAGCAACUUUUGUUCCCUGGGUCAGGACUAUUUACUGAAGUGGUGUAGGAAGAUAAGGAUAAAAGUGAACACACAUGCUAUAAAUCCAUAUUGCACUCUGUGGAAUAGCUAGGAUGAAAAAACAACGCCACAGACUCACUGAAGUUUCUCACUCUGUCUCUCACCUUUAUUUUUUCUCACUUUUCCGACCAUGAAACAGACACCUUUGCUUUACCUACCCAGUUCUUUCUCUCACUAUGUCACGUCUCCAUACACCUCUCUCCUCUCCUCUCUUUGCUUCUUACUCUUGAUGUAGUCCAUCCUCAGUUACACAUUUACUUCUCCCAUAAUAACAAGCAGUGUUAAUUUGACGUGUAAUGAAAAGCAUUUUGAUUUCUCUGGAGCACAUCAUAUUUAAAUGCUGCUCAAAGUAAUCCUUUGUCUUUAUUCUGAGGAACUUGCUUCUACUACACAACUAUUGGUAAUACGAAACAUUAAGACAUCCCUUACUAAAGUCUGUUGAAGUGUACUUCAAGUAUACUGUUUUUAAACUAAGUAUGCUUUCAGUUUACUUUUUGUGGACUUUUCAGGGGAAUACUUAAAGUUAAUGUUAAGUAUAUUUGGCUUGUACUAAGAAUUAUACUAAAAUUCUAAAUAUAUUUAACCUAUACUUAUACAUAAACUUUAGUUCAAGAAAUACUCAAGUAUGUAUUUGUGCCUUGGGUUUAAGUAUACUUGGUCAUUGAAUGCUUCCAUAUAUCUUUUCAAGAGUAUAUUCUUAUAGAGUAUACUCUUAAAAAGAUAAGCAGUACAAGCCAAUUAUACAAAUAUUAACUACUACUACUACUAACCCCCCCCCCCAAAAAAAAAAAAAAAGAAAAAGAAAAAAAAAAAAAAAUUUAAAUAAAUAAAGGUAUGCUUCAGUGUAAUUUUACAAACUAAAAAGAGGACUAAAAGUUUAUUUCUUUAAAGUAUACUUAUCGAGUAUACUUAAAGUGUACCUUUAUAAACUUUAAAUUUAUGAACUAAAAAUGUUCCAAUUUAGUCAGAAGUAUUAAAUUAGUAUACUUUGUAGUACACUAAAAGUACAUUGUUGGUAGUAUACUUGAUAUACUUAUACUCAAGCAUACUUAAUAAAAUGAACUUUAAGUGAACUUCUUUUUGCUGUUAAAGGGAUUAACAGCACCUAAAACAAGAAGUACUAACUUCUAUCAUUUGACACUUAAAGCUCCUUUGACGAGUUUUUAGAAAUGUUCAAAUAAACGAAAUGAUUACCGGUGUCUCUGUGUGACCUAGAAGGCAAACAAGAACAUCAGUAUAAAGACGAAAUAUUUAUAUUCAGAUAUUUUUACUAUCUGAAGCUGCAGCUGCAGGGUAGGUGUCAGACAAAGUGAUAAACAACAUGCUUCAGAAACAGCCUUUGUUACAUUUAUCACACCACAGAUUUGUGACGAGUGAUACUUUUUAUGUCAAGAGGAGGCAUGGUGAGAUUUAUCAGACAAGACUAUUUAUGCAGUCGCAUGACAAGAUCUUAUCAAGAGUGAGUUCUCGUCUGGUUUGUUGUGAGUAAUAGUAAACUAAAUAUCAACAAGAGGGAUUUGAAAGAGAAUCUUCUGCAUUUGAUGAUUAAUAUGCUUCAAAUAUACAUCCUUGUUGGUUUAGUUGAAAGAAAUACCAGAUGAAAUAAUCAAAUGUUCCUCUUUCUUUCUUUCCUCGUCUUUCUCCACUCUAGAGAAAGUCUCUGAGGGACCAGUGGUUGAUGGAAGGAGCGCCUUUGUCCCCAUCUUCCCCGGACACACAGAGUCCUCGCUCCCCUUUGUGGGGCUCCCAGGCCCAGAAGAUGGAAGAGCACGUAGACAAGUAUAACCACAGUGUUUGAGAUUGUGUGUGUGUGUGUGUGAGAGGUGAAGCAAGCAGACGAGGAGAUUCUUUGUGACUACCUGAGACAGUUAGCGAAGCUGACAGAGCAUGAGAGAGCUGUCAUCUUUUUGUUGUUUUUGUAUAGUUUGAACUGCUUGUACUGUAUAAUUGAUAGUCGCAGCAUUCCCCUUUCUAUUUUUGUUUUCUUGUCAUUUCUGCUGUUGUCCUGCAUUAUGUAUGCUUUAUGAAAGUUAAGUUUAUAUUCUCCCAGCAGAGAGGGAUUGUAAUCCAGCCUGCAAGUUUCCAGAAAAACAACCAGCCUUUUCAUUAUUACGGAGGACAUCUUGUAAUUUCUGUGAAAGCUACACUCAAUGAUCCUAAUCUUAUCCCAGCUUUCACUCAUUUUACCAUUUUUUGAUAAAAUGCUCCUCUUACAUACUGUAUGCAGCCUCUGGAGUAGGGAUGGGCGAUAUGGGCUGAGAAAUCUAUCACGAUAAGAUUUGCCAUUCUGGGAAUGACGAUAAAAGUCCCAAUUAAAAAAAUUAUAAUUCCGAUCAAUAUUUUUGACUCGUUUUGUCUUGAGAACACCAGUUGAAAUAGUCAAAUAAGAUACUUAACCUCGAGUUUGAGUGGUAGGUUAUGGAGAAAACUAACGACAUCAAACAAGUCUUUAAUGUGAAAAUAUUUUUAACAUUUGUUAAAAACUCUUAUUGCACAGAGUGAACAGCAGCAGAUCCACUGUCCAAUUUCAGGUAUACCUGAUUGCACUCAUCUAAGCCCCGAUCUUGAAGGAAAUCCCUCAUGUGGAACCUCAUCCAGUAACGAGCUGCUCAGAAACGUCUUUAUUACCUUCCCCAAUUUCCACCGCAUCCGGAACGGCUAGGAAAAGGCCAUAUCUGCCGAUCGCAGCUGAUCGUACUCAUCCAGGUCAAUGAGUCAAUUUCCACCGGCUUCUUUCCGUUCUGCUGUGGAUUGCCGGACUCCACAGCUGAUCACAAGAGUUCUUCUUUUACCAGAGGCCGGAGCAUAUCGCACAGAUUAACUCGUGCUGGAAAGGAAGUCGGGCACAGACACAGAAUAAAACAUCCGGCUUCUUUUCAAAAUAAAACACUCCGUGUUUCAGGCAGAUUGUAUUUCACACCAUGCAAAUGGGCAGGGACAGACAAGUGGAAGGUUUUCAGACAGCAUUUCACCUCGUUUACACCAUGGAUGAGAAGAUGCUGAUUUAAGGAGUCUAGAAGUGGAUUUCCUCCUCUGGAAGGACACAAUCUACUGCUUUUAUGGUUAUGUGGCUGUCUUCGUAGAGACAACUUGUUAUCGUUCAAUUGCCUGUGAAUCCACGGGUUCUUGUGAGUUCUCACGAUUACCGCUGUCCGUAAUCCACCACGAAACACCUCACAAACAUAUCCAGUAGGAAUUGGUGGGCGUGAAAAUCACAGCCGUCCUGGAUUGGAGCCGUUCUGGAUGCGGUGGAAACAGGCGGUUAUUCUGCUCUGUGUGGGCUAUGGCUGUGAGUCCGUCGCUCGCACUUAUGUCAUCAACUUGCAUUUAUCAUAUUUAUCAUGAGAUGAGAAAUAUUCAUCAAGGAGGAUUUUUCUGAUGAUAUAUUGUGAACAAUAAUUUAUCGCCCAUCUCUACUCUGGAGUCAUUUAAACAUGCAGCCUUUAAAAAGCAAUCUGUCUAAGGUUGUUCUACCCUUAAUAAUGAUAAAUAAUAGAAUACAGCACAUUAAUGUUCUUGCAUCAUCGUUUAACAUUUACCAGGAUCAUAAUUUGAGAUUUAAGUCUUGUAUACUUUUGUAAUUAUCUCAGAUUGGAGUCAGAGUGUCAGCGGCUGGCAGAGGAGGAAGAGAAGCUGAAGGAGCAGAUGGAGGACGGCCAAACUGUAAGAGCUACACACACACACGCACCAUCCCCUUCCCAUUCUUCGGACACCAAGGAGUUGGAAUAUGUGUUGAACAAGCUUGCUGCCAUCAUCUUCCAUUAGGCAGAACAUUUUCCCACAACUUCAGCGUCUGGCUUUCUGCCAUGAAUAAUGUAAAUCCUCUUUUAAUGUACCUUUGAUGUAGCACCUCUUGUUCAAAAGCAGGAACGUUAUGAAUGUAAUCUGCGCUGUUACAUAAACAAUUCAGCGCUUGAUCCACUCUCGAAUUGUUGUUUCACCUCGAGCUGAGCACAAGUGCGUUCGCCUCACAUCUCUCAAGGUCUACAACAAAAGACUGCCCCUCCUUCUCCGCUGUCUGGCUCCAGGGUCUUUUUACUGAGGUUUCUCAUAAUCAUCAUAAAUUCAUCUUAACCUUGGCUUUCAGCUAAAACCAACCAGAGGAUUACACAUUUAAUAGCCGCUCGAGCAGGGAAGACUAGACUUUGAAUGUCUGACCCUGUCCUCUGUGUAAAAAUAAAGCACUUAAAGAAAGAGCUGUGGUGUAGUGGGCAGGCUAGCAGUGAGUGACAGCUGAUAUCUGGUCGCUGAGGAUAAUUAUCACAUCUGAUUGGGUGAUAUUUAAACUAUAUCAGGAAUACAUGUUCAUAGAUCUGUUGUAAUUGAGUAGAAGCCACUCCAAACAGUAGAAAAAAGAACCACUUUUUACAGUCAAGGUUGGACUUUUCAGCUCAAUCACCCCCCCUUGUGACCAGGCGGCCCAAGAGUCAUGACCCUCCAACAGCUCUUCCUCUGUUUAUUAUGUCGGUCUGUGCUGCUCUUAAUAGCAUCUGUUUCCUCAGAGUUUUUGUGAUGUUCUGGUAUUUGCAUUUCAAAUGUUGUCUUUUUAUAUUCAGAGACUCAGUAAAUUAAAUUCCUCCUCCUGUCUUUAUGACUCAACAGGAGGCAGAGAGAGUUGCAGAGGCUGGGGCAGGUAAGUGGGACCAGAUAAACCUUUUUGGCAAAGAGAAAUGUGGAAAUUAGAGUGGAGAUUUUAGAAAACUGCAUUUCAUUUAGCUCUCCGUCGGAAGAGGUGAUGAAUUAAUGCGUAUGAGCCUUUUUAGUUGAUUUGACAAGCUCUGACAUCCACGCUAUAUGGCAGAGAGCAAAAAAAAACCUUUUACCACACUAUUCAGAGCAGUACAUGUCAGAGCAUGUAAAAUUACAUCAUGUUUAAAACACCUGGAACAGAAAGACCACUUUUCUGGCUGUUACCACCUGUCAGCCUUUGCAGAGCCUCCUAACUUAAUUACAAAAGUACUUGACUAAAAGUUUAGACUCCUCAUGAGCACAGUCUGCCUGCUGGGGAAAAAAUUAGAUGUUUCUUUUUAACACUCUCAGUCAGGUUUCUGUUGUCAGAAAUAUGAGGAAUUUUGAAAUGCAGGUUUGUUGACAACAUUGUACUGUGUGGAGUUGCUCACAAGCACAUCCCAUUUUUGUUUAUUUAUUUAGCAAAGUAAGGUCUUCUGGGUACAAAAGAGGAUGAGGGCCACAUGAAGAGAGAAAAAAAUUACAGAAAGGAGAUUAAAGACGAAAUUUCGAGAUUAAAAAGAUGAAAUUUUGUCAAAGUCAAAAUUUUGAGAUUAAAAAAAUCGAAAUUAUGUCAAAAUCGAAAUUUCUAGAUAAAAAUUUUAAUUUCAAGAUUAAUAACAAUCAAAAUGAUGUAAAUAAAGUCGAAAUUUAAAAUAUAAAAAUUUACAUUUCAAGAUUAAAGUCAGGAUUUCAGGAUUACAAAAGGUCGUGAAUUAUGUCGAAAUUUUGAGAUAAAAAAAAAUAAUUUUGAGAUAAAAAUCGAAAUUUCGAAAUUAAAGUCCACAUAAAUAAAGUCAAAAUGUCAUGAAUUAAAUCGAAAUUUCGAGAUUAAAGUUGAAAAUACGAGAUUAAAAUUGACGCAAAUAAAGACGAAAUUUCAUGAAUAAAGUCGUAAUUCUGAGAUUAAUGAUAAUAAAUCAACAACAUAGUCGCUCAUCACUUGACAACAUGUCCUCUGUAGAAGAGUUUGUAAAGCUUUACUUUAAAAAUUGGAUUUUGUAACGAUGAAAUCCUUGCUCUUUGGCGCACAAACACAGUGUGGUCAUGAGUAUGUGGACUCUGACAGGACUGUGCCGAAAAUUACGACUACAGAAGAAAAAAACAGACAAACUCAGAGGACUUUAAUCUCAAAAUUUCUAUUUUUUUUUUUCAUUUCGACUUUUUUAAAAUUCGGCUUGAAUCUCGAAAUGGUAAUUAUUUUUGUCUUCUUGUGGCCCUAAUCGUCUUUCGUAUCUGGGAGUAGUUUCCCAAGUAAACAGUUGGCUAACAAAUAAAGAAAAACUACAACUUAUAUACUUUACUGCACAUUUAAAAAUGUUGUGACAUGAUGAUGUUGCCUUAAAUGUGAAUUAUUUCUUCCUCAGAAAUUGCCCAAGAUGCUGUUUUGCAGAAUGGUGAAAACAAAACAUCAGGAAUAGGUAAGCGUAGAGUGAACAUGUCACAUCACACACACGCCACAUUAAUUAUGUCCCACUGUUCUCCUCACUGAUGCUUAAAUCGAUCCCUUGGCUUUAAACUUGUCCUCUUGUUCAUUUUCGUCUAACCAUCAUCCAGCCCCACCCUUUUAAGACCUCCUAACCCCUAUAGAAAUACUUGUAUGUAUUCAUUUAACUCAGGCAUCUCAAUAAAUUUGCAUCAUAGAGGCAGGAGCGGCACCUUAACUCUGCACACUGUCAUGAAAACUUUGUAUUCUGCACAUGCUUUUAUGCUAAUAGGCGUCCAAGUGCAUAACUUGCAUUUUUAGAGGGCAGCGGGUUCAUGGACAUGUCAGUGGGGAUGCUGUUCAAGCUGUGAAGUGGACAAGAGAGUUCUGAAGAUGAAAUUGAGCCGUCCAUUUGAAUUUAAAUCAGUCCGAGUCUAUAACUUCAGACAGCCUGAUCUAAAAUUGCUGAAGCAUGCUCUAUAAUCUGUUGCCGCUGGUUUCUAUUUCUAAGUGUAUUAUUCAUAAUUAGGUUCUCUUGCAUAAUACCCCGAAAAUAAUCAUUUACAUUUCCUUUAGACUUUUUUUGGAGCUUGUCCAUUUUGCUGCAACAACAACAACCCCCUAUUGUUUGGAUUAUACUUCAUGGCCUGCCGCUAAAACCGCACUGUCAUUGUUUAUUAGCAUCUGAAUAUUUUAUUAGCGUUGCAUUAAGAUUCAUAAAUGGAAGUCUUUUGUUGACUGCAUUUCAAUCGGCUGUACUGCUGUUUAAAUUAGCAAACCGCUAAUUGCAAUCAAGAAACUGUGUGUCUAUAUUAAACAUAAUGAAACCUUUUAAUCAGUGUUAAUAGCAAAUUGAUUGCUCAUUCUCUUAAUGUAAUUUUAAAUUCAUGAACAAUGUUAGCGAGUGUGCAAAAAUGUUCAAUUUUGUCGUGACGUUGAUUUGAGUUUCAUCCCCAGACGCAGCAGAAGACGAGGGAAAAAUAGAUGAAAGCCCCGAUCCAGACGAAGCUGCAGCUGUCCUAACCAAUGGACAAGGAGAGUCAGAAGAACCCACUAAUCACAGCCCUUCAGCAGAGAGUAAUCAACACACCUCCAACGGACCGGUUGUAGCCUCUGAGGAUGAAAUUAGUCAGAGGCUGGAGCCGGAGUUGAGCCCGGGUGAGGUGCCAAAUGUCAGCUUUGAGGAGGAGGAGGAAGAGGAGGAAGGCACUCUGGUAAUGAGAGCAGAACGUGUGAUCAUAACAGAUGAAGGGGAUGAUGUACCGCAGGAUUUAACUCCCCAAGAAGAUCAGCAGGAGACCGUUGAUUCAGAAGAAACCCCUCUGAAGUUGAAAACAGAAGCAGGUGAGGAAGGAGGGGAAGCUGUAGACGAGGUGGGGGAGGUAGGGGUUAAAGAAGAAGAAGGAGAAGCUCCAGAAACUUCCACUCAGCCAGAGCAGAGUGAGGCGACCGCAGAAGCACAACCGCACGCUGAAGAGGAAGCCACAGACGGCGAUGUGAGUACAAACCAAACAGAUUCAAAAGCUGAAGGACAGGAGAGUCAAUCAGAAGAGCAGCUCCAGUCCCAUGUCGAUGCUCUAGAGGGCGCCACAGUGGCUCCAGUGCCUGUUUACUCCGAGGUUCAGCUGACUGCUCCAACCACCAAUAUAGAAGCAGGGGGUGGAGCUGAAGAAUCAACAGAGCCGGCUGAGGCAGCAUUAGAAGACCAAGACCCUGCUCCUGAACCGGGCGAGUUCCAGGAGGUUCCUCUGGCCGAUCCCAAGGAGGAGAAUCCGAGGACAGAGGCAGGGCUGGGCGAACAGGAACCCCUUCUGUCACAGGCCAAAGCCCCCGACACCCAGGUAGAGCCAGCAGCAGCAGCAGCAGCAGCAACAGCAGCUAGCACCACAUCCAGCUCAGAGACCCCCAUCUCUGUCAGGGCCGGCCAAGGAGAGGAGACCCAGGCGCCCAAACGCAAAACCUGCCAGUGCUGCUCAGUCAUGUAA